AUGAGUACAGAAGAACCCCCGAAUGCUGGGACGAAUGCCAAGCCAGCUGACUCUGCCUCUCGCCCACACUUGGUCCGCCUAUUUUCCCGAGAUGCACCAGGAAGGGAGGACAACACCUUCAAAGAUCGGCCCAGUGAGUCAGAUGAGCUUCAAACCAUCCAAGAAGACAGUGUAUCAACUUCGGAAGACUCGGAUUUGAUGGCAUCACAGAAACUGUCUCGUGGGCACGGAUCAAAGCAAAUGGCAACAGCAAGCACCUCAGACCACCACAGGCAUGGCUAUGGAGCCCAUGGACGGCACAGGGACACAGGUCUUCUUGAUUCACUGGGCAGGUUCUUUGGAGGUGAAAGACAUGUUCCUAGGAAGGGAUCAGGAAAGGUGAGAUCUGAGGAAUAGAAAGCAAACUAACAACAUCAAAAUUCAAAGGGAAGACGAUGAUGAAAAUUAUACUGGGUGGUGGAUCUAUGGAGAUAUUUUAAAUCUUAUCAACAUUGAAUCUUAAUGCCUCACUCACUAAACAGAGGUCUCAUAACUUCAUCUCCUCUAUAAAUGCUUGAUGUAUUCCUACUGCUGUUUACGAAUGAUGUUUAGAAUGUUUGUGUCACUGAGAUUUAAUUAGCUCUUUAUAAUUGAUGCAUAUUUUCCCAAAGCAAGUCUGUAAAAAGAAGCCAUUUUAGUAGGUUUGGCUCUGGCAACAUUCUUCAUAUACUGGCUUUACUAAAGAAUCUUGGAUACGAAUGUGAUGUUACUAACCAUAGGGACCUGCUUUGUAUGUCAUAAAUCUUUGGCUUUGCUUAUUCAGGAUGCUUUUAUUUGUCCAGAGUUGUGCAGUCUCUUAAAUAAUGAUCAAGUUUUGGACAGUUUUUAUUUAAACAAAACAUUUUCUAUUAAUAAUAAUAAUAAUAAUAAAGAGAAAAGAAAAAUGAAGUAAAGUCCACAAACUGAACUGGCAGCCCUGAUCUUGUUUUCAAAAUUUGUAAAAGAACAUUCUUUGCCAUUUUUCUAAACUGGACAAAUACUAAAUCUUUGUUCAAAUAUCCACACAUAUUGGAUUUGCUUAAAUGUCGUCAAGACACACACAAUUGUUAAGAGUUGCAUGCAUAUUGUGUGCUUUGAAACUAAUUGUGUUUUGUAUAUGAUUCAGCAUCAUUAAUAAGAAUUAAAAAAAGUAUAACUGUAGUUUGAGCAAAACUGUAACUUCUAUAAAAUUUGUGUGCCCUUAAAUUUAAAUAGGGACUGUAUAAAAAUGCAUAGGAUGUAUUUGUGCAAUCUGUUUUUAAAUUGGAUUUUUUUCAGCUGAUCACUGAAAUCACUUAAUUCUGAAAUUAAAUAUUUUCCCUAUCUUUUUUCCACUGGUCAAAUCUCAAUUCAAGUUAAACCUACAAUAACAGUUAAUGGGAUUUAAUAAACAUUACCAAUUAAGUGGAAUCAUAAUAUCCCAAUAAAUGUCUGACAAGAUACAUAUACUAUUUUUUUCCCUUGACUUGUUUUAUGGUACAAUAUAAACAUUUAAGGGAAAUGUAUUUUUAAGCCUUGGGCAAUAGAGUGAAGAUGCCCCACAUGUAUAUUGAACUGUAUUUUUUCAUGUUAUUAUUAUUAUUAUUGCAUGUACUGACUAUAUUGGUUCUUUGAAACUGGAAAACUGGUCUAUAUUAUGGUGCUUAACACAUUUCCAAAUAGCAUCCAAAGGGUGAGGGAGAAAGGGAUUUGACCACAAGUUUCACACAACAGUAUUCAAAUUUGACCCAACAUUUACCACAUCAUUAUUCAAUGACAUUUGGUGUUUGCAUUACUUACUUUGCAUAAUUAGCUGUUAUAAUUUGCUAAAACCCUGUGAUAUUUGUUGGACAUUACCUACAGUAAUGGAGGCAGAGAGACCUCUAGUCAGGUAUCUCUAUUUAAAUUCAAAUGAAAAUUAAUUUCCUAAAAUGUGAAAUGUUGUUGAGGCCCACCUGGCCAUUAUAUCCAGUUUUACUGUGUAUAUUUCUACUAAUGUCAAAUUCUAAUGGAAGACAGAUUUGGAUUUUAAAUUCACUGCCAUUUUCUGUCAAGUAAGUAAACUUCAUUAUAUUCAUAGAGAUAUUGUGGCAACCCAUUAAAUUAAACAUCUCAAUAUCUGGCCAAAAGAUGUUAUUAAAUUACAGUUGCCGUGAUUCUCUGGUCGUCUUUUGUAUUCAGAGACUUCUGGGACUUGUAUACUGGGAGGGUGGGCUUUACAUGUAUACAUGGUAAAAUGGCUUUACCAUGUAUACGUGUUAACAAUGUUUAACCCCAUAAGGACACAUGACAUGUGUGACAUGUCAUGAUUCCCUUUUAUUCCAGAAGCUUGGUCCUUAAAGGGUUAAACUCUAACCAGUUUAGCAUAUAUACGUGUUAAUGUUUAAACUCUAACCAGUUUAGCAUGUAUACGUGCUAGAAAUGUUUAAACUCUAACCAGUUGAAUUCUAAAAGAUUUGUUAUAGAAUUCCUUGGAGCCUUGCGUUAGAGAAGGGCUCAUGCUUUUUUGAGCCCUAAAGAUUACAGCCACAGUCUGAGUGUCACCCAGAAGAAUUAGUAAAGAUCAUAUGCCAUGGCUCUAGGAUGCUUCUGUGGAGAAAACUGCACGUAAAUGUCCUGCUCUUGCACUAGUCAUUACUGUAAUUAACAAUGGCAGUAGGAUGCCAAAUACAUGCCUCUAAUUAAAAGCUAAUCUGUUUUCAUUACACCUUCUUGACAUUGGUUUCACAGCUCAUUUUUUAUCCAGAAAGUCCUUAUAACUACAGAAUAAACCACAGUAGCAAAACAAAACAGUGCAGCUAUUGCAUUCAUUGCAACCUCAUCUUUCUUCUCAUCUAGGGCAAACAUAGUUGUCCAAAAUAUAACUGACCUAGCCUGACGUAGGUUGGUUAGAUCAUUUUUGAAGGGGAAAAAAGAUGAUAGGAUAAGUGUUAUCUGAUCAAAAUUGUUAUAGUGUUCCAGCUACAAUCUCUGUUUUUAGGCAAUGUCACUGUGUUUUAGUUAGAUACAUUUAGUAUCUUGUCGGUUGAUUGCUUGUCAUGCACACUAUGUGUAUGUAAGGAAUACAAAAAAGAAAAAUUGCAGAUAAUUGUGUAUGCAAGCUGCCUAUCAGGAGUAGGCAACUCCAGGUGCUGUGGAUUACAUUUUUCUUAAUGCUUUGCUAGCAUUAUGGCUGCAAGAGCAUUAUGUGAAAUGUAGUCCACAGCAUCUGGAUUGCCAAAGGUUACCUACCUCUGGCCUAGACACUAUUUAACCAAAUAGCAAAAUGCUUUUCAGUCACACUUUCCUCUUGUAAAACAUAUUUUGUUUUUGUUUAAUAUUGGUAACAUUUUACAUUUUGUAUUACCCCCUACCCCUGUUUUCUACGUGCUCUGAUUGGAUGUUCUAGAAAUAUAUGUAUACAUUUUGUAAUAUUUGAUAACAACUUGCUCCUUGUUCCUUAAAUGUUCAAUCAAGGGGUGUUCCUCAUGUUAGCAGGAUAGUGUAUGAAAUUAGCAAAUUAUUGAAGAUUAAUUUUACCAAAGUUAUUUUAAAUAAAUGUAUCAAUCUUUUUAAUUUCCUUGUAAUUUUAUUAAGAUCACUCUGUAUAUUGGUUUCUAGCUUAGUUUAAAAAGUGAAUAUAAUUGGUUUCCCCCUUAUGUAAGAUUUAAUCAGUACUAAUUCUUCACUUCUCUGAAAGGCCAAAAAAAGAUUUGGCACAAUACAAUUUCAUUAUGAGAUCCCCAAGCCAAUUAUAAAGUGCAAUGAAAUUCUGACGUUGUCCUUUGCACAGAAGGUCAGAAUGUCACUGACAUUAUUCUCCAUCUAGAUUACUUAGUAAUUAUCUUCCUCUUUGUUUCACUGUCAUCUUUGCUUGUUUAGAAAAAUGUUCAAGUUAAGGUUUCAGUACUGACAUUUGGUAAAAGCUGUUAAACAAUGGAAAUAUUUAGCGUCUGUAGAUGUUUAUAUACAGACAAGUUAUAUGUGUCACUCUUCAAUGUGCAAGCAAUUUUCUAUGUUGUGUUUUAAUAAGGCGUUCAGUUGUGUUUUCAAACAGUGCUUUUUUUGUAAUACAAUAGUUUCAAAAGAUGGUACGUUUUAUACAUUGCGCAUACAUGUCUGUGUUGUAGAUGGUAGCUGAAAAGGAAGUCCACUAAGUUUCUUGAGCCUUAAAGUUGGACCAAUUUUACAGUAUUUUGCAGAUAAUCAGAACCUGGACUAUAAUUAGUGUUUAUAUUAAUUUAAACUGGAUAAACUGAGAGUCUUGUUUAAUAAAAUGUCUCCGCAAUAGGUUGUGUUAUCCCAUUGUAAUAUCGAUUCUGUUAAAUCUUCAUGCUUUUAUAUCAUUAAACUGUUACAUGCACGGUCGCUGUCAAAUUAUUUUAAUCUAAAAAAAAAAUUAUAUACAUUUUAUUGUUGAGAAAAUGUAUACUUUGAAUUAAAAUAUUCUAUGUUAUGAUUUGGAUCUUAAAUAAAGGAGGUUCAUUUGCAUACAAUUCCUUAUAAAAUAGGAACAUCACAAUUGGCAUGUAAUAACUUUAAAACUAUAAUACAUUUAAAUUUACUUUUUAACACAUUGAAAUUUAGAUUUUUAAUGUAGCCUAUAUAUAAUCUUAAAUGAUCUAUAAAAUCCUGUAGAUUGUAACAGGUCCACUUUAACUCUCAAGGUUUUCAGUCUACAUGUGGAUGAAUUCAAGUUCCAGUUUAAUAGCUCUCCAUUGAAAACCCUGUUCUGAAAGUUCAGAAUGAAAAAGUCUAUUGAAAGGUGGUAGUAAGGAACAAUAUAAUGGAUGGGCAUUUUGUUUAAUAUAUGAAUAGAUGAUAAUAUAUACAUAUAUAUUAAAAUGUUUUCCUUAUUUGCUGGCAUAAUAUUCAUAUUUAAGAGUAUUGGAAAACCAUAAACAUACGCGGUAUUUACUCAGGAAAUCUAAGCCUGACCAUUAGUAUUGUAAUUAACAUAUUUACUCUUUAUGUAUGAUCUCAGGGCACUUAACUAAAUUAACUUGUGAAUUCAAGCAAGAGUCCAUUUCUGUAUACAAAUACAUAAACAAUAGAAUUUACCCAAGUGCCUCACUGGGAUUAUACCCAAAAUGUAAUACAAGGUCUAGAUUUCACUUAAGUUACUGUUAUAUAGCUAUGGUAGUGGUCUUUUUGUAGACUGUAUCUGUGCAGUAAUAAACACUCAAUGGUUAUCGAGUCCAUAUUUUUUCCUUAACUUAGGGUAAUAUGAAUCCUAACAAAAUGGUCUUAGGCAGGACAAGUUUACAGAGCCACCUCAUUAAAAUCAACAUAUUUAUUGUAAAACCUAGCUGUAAACAUAAAAUCAGUUCUAUCUGAGAAUCAUGCUGAAUUGGGCAGUAUAUAAUAUAAAUAUGCACAUGCAUCAAAUGAUUUUCUUAAGUGGCAUUUUGUGAUUGGAAUCACCACUCUAAUAUGAUAUGGGCUAAAGAUUUUUGUUCAAUCUUAUCCAAUCUUAAUGCUUCAGCUAAAACAUGAAUAUUUUAAUAUACUAUAUAAAUUCUACCGCUGUUCAUUUAUUGUAUUAGUAUUUCAUUUUGUUUCCAUUUCACGGACUGUUUAACUCAUCCCUUCAUUGAAUUUAUUACUGCAAAUGUAAUAUAAUAGAGUACUUAAUUAUGGGAUUGUGCUCAUUACCACUCCUGUAUCUUUACAGAAUCUAAUCAAAUUUUAUGUAUGCAAUAUAUUGUGCUGUAUGAUUUAACAAGAUUGAUUGUGUUUUGAUCCUUGGCUUUGUAUGCAUUACUACAAUAAAAUGUUAUUGUUUAACUCUGCAAGGAUGUAUGUACUAAUUUAUUGUAUGCUUUCCGUUUUAUGAUUUGUACUACUGUGUUGGAUUCCAUAUACUAAAGUACAUUAAUGAUGCUAAUACAAAUACCAAUCGUGAACACAUUAUUAGUCAUCAUAACAGAAACAAAGUGCAAACGUUUUUCAUUGAGAAUAUGCUUUCACUUUAAUAAAUGUGGGUAAAGCACAUAUCAGUCUAUAGGACUGUCUGCGGAAAUAUAUUUUAAUGUGACAGUUUAUUUUAAUGUGUAGUGGUAAAAGCUAUACAUGCUGCUUUUAAAUAGACAUAGUCUUAAUGGAUAGGAGUACAAUACGAUUAGUGGAAGCAUCUGAGCUAUAAAUAAAAAUAUAUAUAUUUUUAUUUUUUUACAGGAUAUAUAUAUAUAUAUAUAUAUAUAUAUAUAUAUAUUGCAAGUUGUAAUGUUAAACUUGUUUUUCCUUGCUGUAAACCUAUUUGCUGAUAGUGGGGGUUAUGAAUAGAUUACUUUAGAACAGGGGUGGAGAACCUUUGGCCCUACAGAUGUUACAGCCAUAAUGCUGGCAAAGCAUCAAGGGAGAUGUAGUUCCAAACAUCUGGAGGGCCGAAGGUUCCCCACCCUUGCUUUAGAACAUGCAAUUCUUUUAUAUUUUCCAGAAUAGACUAGAAUAUGGAUAGGCAAGCUUUAGCACUCAAGAUCUUCCAUCAUGAUGCCAAAGCAUGAGGGGGAGGUAGUCCACAACAUCUGGAUUACUGAAGGCUGCCGACCUAUGGGUCUAGAAUAAUAUAUAUAUAUUUUGAAUGUGGAUGUCCUAUGCAUUCUCUUGAAGUAUGGAAUUUUAUGAAGACAUAUUUAUCAUUACCAUGGAGGAUAAAAAAAUGGGAGACAAAUAAAUGAGGUAUAAUCUAAAAAAAACAACUGACAUAUAUUGGUAAGUAUUGGAUUAGUGCUGAGGAAACACGUAUGAAUGUCACAAUAUAAGAAGCAACACAUAUGAGUAUAUAUUUUUAUUAUUUUAUUAUUUAUGUAGCGCUGUACAAUAUAUAAUACAUAGAUAAUAUAAAACAUUAAAAAUUGUAUAAUUGUUUUAAAUGUACAAAAAUUUCCUAAUGGGAAUUUCCUGGUGAGUGAAGUCUGCAAAGAAUAUAAUAACUAAAAUAAGAAACAUGAUUAUUAGCAUUACCUUUCUAAAGCUUCCUUUUGAAGUACAUGAUAAGUGAUGGUCCCUGGAGAUCAGAUGUUACCAUUGUAAUUGUUUUCUUUCUCUGUGGGUCCAGAAACUUUCUAACAAAAAUAAAACUGACAUUUAAUUUCUUUCUGUGAGGAUAUAGAAAGAUUGUUUGCAUCAUGUGGCUCCAUUCAAAUGAGUACGAUGGUUAAGGAUGGACCCUUCAUACUAGAUGCAAAUAUAUGCACGCCUUCUGCUGAAUCCCUGCCAAGUGGCCACAUAUCACACACCAAGUGCACUUUUCACAAUUUAAUACAACCAGGACUCUUCAUCAUCUCUUACAAUGCACUCAUUCAAAACAUGGUAAAACCCUUGAAAUGUGAAGAACAUAUAUUCAAAAAUUCUAAAACGCGAUUUAGCUUUUUUGAUGAUUGCAGACAUAUGAAAAUGUAAAUCCAAAAACCCUUAUUGAGUACAAUUAAAGUAAAUGUAAUUAAUAUGCAUUAGUCUUUUGCUGUGUAUCCUUCAACAUGGCACCUUCUGAACCAGAAUAAAGUUUAUAUACACAUUCAGGUUCAUACUAUAUUAAAGUGUAAUCAAGAUUAUGCGUGUAAAAUGAAUGCAAAAAAUAUCAAAAAAGUUACAAAGUUUCCAUUAAAGGACCACUAUAGUGCCAAGAAAACAAACUCGUUUUCCUGGCACUAUAGUGCCCUGAGGGUGCCCCCACUCCCGUGGAGCUGAGAGGGGGAGAAAGGAGUUAAUCCCUUACCUUUUUUCCAGCGCCGGGCUCCCUCGGUGCUGGGACUCUCCUCCCUCUUCUUCCGUCAUCGGCUGAAUGCGCAUGCAUGGCAAGAGCCGCGGGCACAUUCAGCCAGUCCAUAGGAAAGCAUUCUCAAUGCUUUCCUAUGGACGCUGGCGUCUUCUCACUGUGAAAAUCACAGUGAGAAGCGCGGAAGCGCCUUUAGUGGCUGUCAAUGAGACAGCCACUAGAGGCUGGAUUAACCCAUUUGUAAACCUAGCAGUUUCUCUGAAACUGCUAUGUUUACAGCAGAAAGGGUUAAUACUAGAUGGACCUGGCACCCAGACCACUUCAUUAAGCUCAAGUGGUCUGGGUGCCUAUAGUGGUCCUUUAAUGCAUUAUUUUUUUAAAUUCUUUAUUUUGUAGUGCAGAAUAUUUUCAAACAAGCCUGUGAUGCCACAUCAGAAUUCCUUAAUGCAUUUUUUUAACUCAAUUUCAGAGUGGAACUGCUUAUUAACAUUACUGUUUAAUUUUUAGGCAGAGCUAUGAUUUGUACUUUGGCAGAAAUAAAGGAUGAAAAUGUUGUUUUCAUGCUGAAAUACUGCACAGGCUAGGUCCUUGCACUAGAACUACUUCAGGAAGCUGAAGUCAUCGUUGACCUUAGAGUGACCUACUAAAAUUGUUUACUUAUACAUUGAAUGAAUGUGACAUAUUGUUGGCAGCAACCAUCUUGGUUAGCAUCAGAGCCAUAAGCUGGGCGUUUCAUGAUUUUGUUUUUUCAUGUAACUAAUUGAGUAUAAUGAUUUUCUAAUUUAUACAUCACAAUACAACUGGUUAGUUUAAAAUAUUUAUGUUUAAUGUCAAGAUACAGUAAAACAGUAUCUUUAACUUCUGCCUUUCAGAUAUAUAUGAAAGUCCUGUUAAAUUGCCACUGUAGGCAUUGUAUCUGCUUCAUCUCACUAAACUGUUUUUUAGUGUUUGGAAUCCCCUAGUAUCGUUAUUUCAUUCAGCAUUAAACAGUUUUUAAUGUUUUUAUGUUUUAAUGCUAAAAAAAAUAGUCCCCAGGAACCCAUCCUUUCUGUGCUGCUUUGGCUAAUGAGGAAGUAUUAACCUGAGCAGUAAUGGGCAGCUGUAAUUGAGAGUGUCAGCUGACUGCUCGUAGCCUAUCAGAGCUUCAACUGACUGUAUAAAUGGGUAUGACUACAAGGAAGUAAACAAUCUUUGCCUUAGCCACACCUGCCUUAAGCUCCAUGUAAAUGGUGAUAUUGCUAAAAGUCUCUAGGCAAGUUUCUGUUUGUUUCACCACUGCUCUUCUGAGCCACAUUGACAAAGUGGAAUUUACACUUCCUGAUCAUCAAUGGCAAAUUUGGCUUAAUUUAAGCAUCAUUAAUAUCCUUGCAAAACGUAUCACGUCUGGUUAUUCCUGAGCAUCUCUUUCUUUUCUGCCAGUUUCUUACACUUUAAAAAAAAAAAAUUCAAAUGUUCUAAUAAUAUAUUUGUACACUACAUUUGCUUAAAGGUUUUUCUGACUUUUACCUCCUUCCUUGAAUUAAUAACAAGUACAUGAGAUAAGACUAACAUGGUUAUUCAAGUGAAUUUCAAAUUUAAGUCAAAAAUAGCUGAAUUGGAAGUAUUCAGUAAACCAGCUUUGCUUUUAGUCCUCUACUUUGACCUAAAAUUUUUAAUUCACUUUGAAUAAUAACUUUAGUUAAUAAUCCUGUCAGUAAAAAAAUAAAUAAAACUCUGUCAAUGUUAUUUACUAAAGUGAGAAAUCAAAGUGAAUUUCAAAUGUGAAUGAUCAAAAGUAGUCAAACUAAUUGCAUAGCUCACUUUGUUCUUAAAAUGUAAGAUUUUCCUAUGCUUAUGUGACAGAAAAUAUAGAUUAUUAUUAUUAUUAUUUUUUGUAAAUAUCUUUGGCAUAUUUAAGAGGAAACACGUAGGUUUCAGGCAUAAUAGUGAGUAAAGUGGUUUCCGAGAUGCACAGAUCUCAAGUUUAGCCGCAAGUAUGAGACACGCAGGUCUCGGUUUGGCAUGACAACAUGGUUUACAAGUGCAAACAAACACACAGGUUUCAGGCAUAAUAGUGAGUAAAGUGGUUUCCAAGAUGCACAGAUCUCUAGUUUAGUGGCAAGUGGGAGACACGCAGGUCUCAGUUUGGCAUGACAACAUGAUUUACAAGUGCAAACUAACACACAGGUUUCAGACAUGACAGUGAGUGAAUCGGUUACCGAGAUGUGCAGAUCUCUACUUUAGCACCAAUAGGAAACACGUAGGUCUCGGUUUAGGAUGAUACUAUAGCUCACAAGUGCAUUACAAUAGAGCUUCCAUGUCUAUUACAUAUUGCGGGAACCCUGCGUUUGCUUCGUCUGACUUAUGGAGCUAUAUGUUAACCUUAUGCAUGUCCAGUCAAGGUCUUGUGGUGUCGAUGUAACCUAGCGUGGGGUAGCAGCCCCAAUGUCUGGUCAUAGAUCUAUGUCAUAGAUCUAUGCAUGUGUUGGUGGUCAGUGUGUUCAUAUGCUCCUGAGGUACACCCUAGCUCGUGCCGGGUAUUGGACUGUGUCAGCCCUGGUACCAUACCUCUAGAUGCUAUGUCCAAGUGACUCGGGGGUUUGAUUGCGGUGUGUCCUUGUCAUGUUUGUCACCUAGCUUUGAUGAUCUAAUGUAGCAGGAUGUCAUCUUUCCAUUGUGGGGGAAUUUUGCCCUGAGUUUUGCUGCAUGGGGGAAGGUAGUGGGUGAAGGGGUAUUCCUUAGGGGGUGGGCUACUGUCAGGGAAUGACAUGGUCCGAACAGUCCUAUGGUCCCACUGUCUAUUAAUCUCGUCAAUAGUUGAGCCUGUUGGCAAACUCUGUUUUGGUGGUUUCAGUAGCCAGUGCAACCAGAUUUCCCUGUAUUCGUCUGAGGUGUAAGUUCCUCUAUUGCCCUGAGUUCCUCCAUCUGGGAGAACCAGAUAGUCAUGGGUGUGGUGACUGCUUUCAGAAUUGUGGGAGCACUUGUUUGUCCACAUUUAGGAUUCUUAUAGUUUGUGUCUUCUUGUAUCAGGAUCUGUUUUUUUUCUGAGUAAAAGCAUUGGUUCUGGGUUGAGGAGGGGUGGUGUAUCUGAGAACAUCGUAAGUAUGUCAUGUAUCCCUCUCCAGAUGGCCUCACAUUCCCACCAAAGGUGGAGCGUGGUGCAGACCUCCUUGUUGCAUCUGCAGCAGAGGUUAGAGUGGUCAGGGUCUAUGGUAUUCAGUAGAAUCGGCAUACGGUACCAGUGUGUCAGCAGUUUGAACGCCAUUUCUUGAGUCUUGCUGAAGACCGAGCAGGGAUGCACUAAGUAGCACAUCUUCUCCCAGUCCCAGUCUUACCUAAGGCAGUUUUCUAUUUCCCCAUGAACCUUGGCUUCUCUGUCAGUAUUUCAGGAUAUUGCAGGAUAUAGCAGCGAUAUCCCAUGCGGCUGCAGGUCUGGGUCCAUGCACAUGCGCUCAAAGGUGGUGGGGUGCCGUGGGAGGGUGCGAAUGUAGCUCUGUCGUUGUCUGUAACUGAGGCUCUGGAGGAAGGUGGGGGAUUUAGGUGUCUGACCACAUUGCCACUCUGUAUUCCACGCUGCGUACCAAGGUGAGGUGGUAAUGUGAGGUAAAGAAGUAGUCUAGCCUGGUAUAUGUUUCAUGUGGGUGUGAGAAGAAGGUGUACAUUUCGUCGGGGUGGUGUGCUCUCCAGCAAUCUAUCAGUCUGAGUCGGGUCAAGAGGGCUUUAAUGGAGUUUAGGUGUGGCAUUGGGACUUGCGGAGUCCCAUCGUGGGUCGAGCAUCACAUUGAAGUUGCCACCCAUGAUGAGGACCCCCUCAGCAAAUGACUGUAGCUUUUGAAAUGUGCACUUGAGAAAUCUAUAUUGUCGGUGGUUUGGAGCGUAGAUAUUCGCGCAGGUAUAUGUCUGCCUUCCUAGUCCGUCUCUUGCCCCCCCCCCCCCAGGAAUGGAAUCCACUUGUUGAUCAAUAUGGUUGUGCCCCUGUAUGUUCCUGCCAGGUAGUCCCUAUAGUAGCCCAUUGGGAAGUGAUGGUUGGUCAUAGAAGGCCAUGGGGUCCAACCAUGUCAUACUGAUGGGUGGAAGUUGGAGUUCCUCAAGUAGGUCAUCCAGGUCCUCUGAGUUUCGGACCAUAAAGUGUCCCUUAGUGGUUUUGGCUUGAAAUCUGGUAGGGAAAUUCCAUCUGUAUCUGAUCCUGUUGGCUUGCAGGGUCCUGGUGAGAGGUCUCAUUGCCCUGCGGUAGGCCAGAGUUGCCUGUGAUAGGUCCGGGUAAAGCUGUAAGUCCACUCCAUUAAGCAGGACCUUCUCGGUGCGCCGUGCUUUGCGGAGGAUGUCCUAUUUCAGCUGGAGGCUGGCUAAGCAGCAAAUGGCAUCCCUUGGGGGAGCCCCUGGCGGGCCCCCAGGUCUCAGUGCCCGGUGCAUCCUGAUAAAUUCGAUGUGGGUGGCUGCGGGGCAGCCUGGGAUCUUGUUAAACAGUUCCAUUACGGUUUCCAGUAUCAGUGUCGUCUGGUCCAGCUCGUCCGGGAUCCCCCUCACCCUGAUAUUUUGUCUCCGUUCCCUGUUGUCUAGGUCCUCCAUGUCGAGGGCCAUUUGUCUCAUUUGCUCCGCAUGGCAUUAUUGUGCGUCUGUGUUGGCAGAUUGUGCCGAUGUUAUGUGGUCACAGUCCGCUUCCAGUUGAGCCAAUUUGAUGUGAAGGCCCUGGAUGUCCUCCCUGACGGAGUGUAUUGGCUUCCUUCAGGUCCUGUUUGGUCAGUAGUGCUCAGAUCAGUUACACCCAGUCUAGCUGGAGCCCCGGAGUGGAGAGAGUGUGACUAGGUACAGCAUCCCGUUCACCUGUGUGGAGGCCUGUGAUGCCAGUUCAGCGGGAGUUGUUGGUGUGUGGGGCCCAAUGAGUUUUGCCCAUGGUUGCUGAAUUAUAUUGUGCUUUGGCGAGGAUUUUUGCUGAGCCUGUGAGGGAGCACAAGGUUUACGCCUCCAUCUUCCUCGGCCUCCAAGCCAUGCCCUUGAAAAAUAUAGAUUUUAUUAAAGACAAGGUAAUUUUAGCUCAGGAGGUUUGUAUUAUGCAUGUUAUAAACUAACAUAAAAUAUAUGAUUAGAAACAAUUACUGAAGACGCAUGCAUUUCGAGUUUGAAAUAAAAUAUUUUAAAAGUUGAAUCUGAGGACCAAUCUUCAGCUUUGCGUAUGUCAGUAAAUAACCUCCAGCUUGAAAAACUUAGUUGACAUAUCUCUCCUGGAGGAGCAAGCUUUAAAAGCAAAGGGGUCAACACCUGCCGUAGACGUAGUUUAUCUAGCUAGACUCUGAGUAGAGACAAGAAGAAAAGGUUUCCAAAAAGAAAUAAGAAGUUGAGAAAAGACAAGAUUUCUGAAAUGUGAAGAUGAUGAAAUCUAGAUUCAUGGUCCAUUGCAUGUGUGUAUAAAUAGAAUGGAUCUCUUGAGACAUUAUAAGAAUGUCAUCUAGGUAAAUAAUUAGUUUGACCCCUCUGCCGUGUAGUAUAGAAACUACAGGUUUGAGCAACUGAUACUUGCUUACAAAUCUCUACACAAUGCUGUUCUAAACUACUAAUCCUCACUAAUACACAAAUAUGUCCCAUCUAGGCCCCUACGCUCUGCCAGAGACCUACAUCUAACCUCUGUCAGCACUCCUACCUCUGAUGCUCACCUUAAAGACUUCUCUAGGGCUGCACUGUUCCUAUGGAACCCCCUUCCCCUCUCUGUUAGACUUUCACCUGAUCUCCACUCCUUUAAAAAAAUGUUUGAAAACUUACUUCUUUAGGAAAACAUAUCAAUUAAACUGUGAACAGCCUUUUCUCCCCGCACCCUGAUUCCGCUCCUGCAACUGUCAACAAAACAAAACACUAAGCCCUCAAUGAACACUAUCCUAGCAAACUACUUUUCUACCCUACCCUUACCCUUUGUGUUACAUUACCCCACUCCCUCUAGCAUGUAAGCUCAUUAAGAAGGGCCCUCAAUCCCUAUGUUCCUGUGUGUCCGACUCGUCUGGUUACAAACACAUGUCUGUUAGUCCACCCAUUGUACAGCCCUACAGAACUUGUUGGAGCUUUAUAAAUAAUAAUAAUGAUAAUAUUCAUUUACUUCCAAACAUACCUUUAGUUGCAGUCUUCAUGAGCUGAAGAAAGACCAAAUGGCAAACAAGUAAAUUGCCAUAUCCUGUUCCUCCAUUUAAAUUGGAGAUAAUGCUGGUAUUAUGGAUGUAUUGGGACUGAAAAAUACACAUCUUUCAGAUCUAUUUUUAUCAUCCAAUCGUUGUAAAUCAAGAGUUCUUGAAGGAAAUGAAUUCCUGUUUAAACAAGGUAGAUUGAUGACACACUGGUGUGUGACCUGAAUCCUUUUUCUUUACCAGAAAUAGAUUGCUUAUGAAACCUGGGAAUGAGAUAGGCACUUGUAUCAUAGUCUCUUUUGAAAUAAUCUGACACCUCCCGAUGAACUAGAAGUUUGUCUACAUUCACUAAACUUAGGCAAAGCUAAUUGUGCUAACAGGCAAAUGGCUCUUUGAAUCCAUCAACUCACAAUAUCAGAUUCAAAUGUAGAGGUUCCAUCAUUUUAGCUAUAGGACCAGCGACGUCCAAAAGAUUGUCCUGAUAGGAUUUCGUAGAUCUGUAAAUUACCUUAUGAGGGUUCUUCCUAGAUUUAUCAAGACAUUGUAAUAUGGUAGGAUUCAAUUCUGUGGUCUGUAAAACCUUUUUAGGAAGUAUAGGUCUAGCGCACACUGUCCAUAAUUUCUGAGCUGCUAUUUCUAGAGCUCCAUACAUUUCCAUAUUGGGGAAGUAGGGGUCCAUUUGCAGGACUGAACAUCCUGAACUGAACUUAAUAUAGUCUGGAUGGAAAAAGGGAUACCAUUUUUAAUCCAGAAUGAUUGAUUCUGUAAUGUCAGCAUUAGAGCAAUUAUUAGACUCUUCGUAUUCAAAGUUAGCAUCCGAAGAAACAGACUUUUCCUCAUCUGAAUCCGAGUUUGUGGAUAAAGUCACCUGAGGAGGUAUGAAAAGACCCUUCCAAGCCUAUUUGGGAUCUUCUCGAGCAGAGGGUUUUAGAGAGAGAUGUAAUUAUACACUGUAAUUUUUUGGUAGUGGUACAUAUCGUUCUUAUUUUUUAAAUCUUACUCAGAAGGGUGACUUUUAGCAUGCUUAGUGGAGUCAGUAAUGUUUUUGAAGGAAUGCUUCCUUUUCUGGGUGGAAAAAACUGCUCAGAAAUUGCCACAGCCACAAUAUUUACAAAAGUCUCAUAGCUGUAAAAAUGGCAUUAGAUACCAUUUUAUUUACAAUAUUAUCUAAAAUAGUUUGAAAAUGUUUCUCUGAAAUAAAGUCACGAAUAGAAAGGUCAGAAGCACGUGGUUUUGGUUCUUUUAAGCUAAUGGCCACAGCAAAACCGUAUGUAAAUAAAGAAAUUAAAACAAUUUGGACAAUUUCCAAAUUCAAAUAAGCUUACUAACCGGUUAUGUGAAAUAAACUGAGAUAAACCAUUUGCAAAAUGCAAAUAGAAACAAUAGUGUACUUUCCUGAGGUAAACUGAGGAGAAAAUGGGUAUAGUCUGGAUGGAAUAACUAGCUGAAAACCAACUAGUGGCAAAAUCUCACGCAAGGCGUGACAUCACUCAGGAUUUUGGAAGGAAAGAGAAGAGAAGAUAAUUGCCAAACACGAUCGCGAAUGAAAUUCGUGCACGCCGAAUUCAAAAGGUAACAAACAGGGCAACCGAAUAGUAGUCUCUAAACAGCCUCAAACUAUAUAUUGCAAUAAAGUCUGAUAUUUGGGUGUGUGAUUGGUUGUGAAUGCACACAGAUAAAAUCUCCACACUAUGUUAAGAUGUGUAUCAAAGCCACAGAAAAUAUACUUAUCUGUUCCUGAAGGAGCGCAAAGAAAGCAGAAAAUCAGUUGGUGGUCAUCUCCUUCAUAGACUGUAUUUCAUGUUGAUUGAUUACUCAAUGUUCUACAUUUGCAUAUCAAGUUUGAUUGCCUUUUUGUUACACCAAACUUUGUUAUUAAAUAUUUUGUUGCUCUAGUAGUAAGGAAGUAAUUUAAUGCAUUAUAUUUAUUUAUUUAUUUAUAAAAUAUUUUACCAGGAUGGAUAAAAUGAGAUUUCUCUCAUUUUCAAGUUUGUCCUGGGUCUUGGUCCACAAAACAUUGCGUUGUUAUAGGAUAACCGCAUACAAUAUUACAAAAAUACAAUAUACAAACUAUAUAUAUAUAUACACACACAUAUAUAAAUGUAAUACAUAACAGGUAAUACAUAUAUUCAAACAUGACAGGUGUAUUCUGUGCUGAGGUAUAUUGCCAUAGAUCUCUUAAAAGAUUUUAGAUUGAAUGAAGAUUUGACUGGGUCCCUGAGGUUAUUCCAUAAUGUGGUGCUCUGUAGGAAAAGGAGGAUCGAGCCACUUUAUGUUUGUAUUGCGGUAUUCUAAAUAUUGUGCUAGUACUGGAUCGAAGGUUAUAGGAGGUGGGAACACCCGGGAAGAGCAUUCUACUCUGUGAUAAAAUUGAAAUUAAUUUUGAAUUCUAAUUUAGCAAAUAACCCUAUUGGUAAAUAAUAAAACUCUGUCAGGAUAAUUUACUAAUGUUAUAAUUAAAAGUUAAUUUCACAUUUAAGACCAGAGUAGCCUACCUGAAAUCAUAGCUGACUUAGAGAAUGUUCCUAUUUAUGACUAUGGCUAUUUUGAACUAUACAAUGUUAAGUGAGCAUUGUGAUUGGCAAGCUCACUUCCUGGUUUGGUGAGAGCUCUGAAGAUUUGCAGCAAAUGCAGGAACUUCAAAAUGUGAGUACCUUUUUAUGUUUGUUAUGCAUUCUUUAUUAUUUUUGCAUAUAUUAUGUCAACCUGAUUGUACUUCAACCUGGAAUAACCCUUAAACAUUUGAAAAUUGCAACUACAGAUGUAGGAAAUACAUGGAAGCUAAUUAAAAGUGCAGAUUUGAAGGCAUUGGAAUUCCACUCUCCUCAAUGAAUGACAAUUUUCCAAUACAUAAAGAUCUUUACUUCUUCCCCAACCUGUGGUUGUGAAGGUAGGGCUCCUACAUUUCUUUACUUCCAUCCUUCUCUCAAGCACAUGAUAAACAAAUACACUGUAUGUGGUCAUAACUCACCACUUCCAAGGACAUUUCUUGGCAUUGCAAUUAUAGUAGGAAAAAAAGCAAACGGAGGUAAAGAGUCAUUCAGAAUUCAGAUGAUGAGCUGUCACUUUGGAUAGCUUUAAUAAACUGUAACUAUAUUUCAUCUUCAGAUAUGGGGACUUUGUUUAUGUCGCUAGGCUUUAUACCUGUUCACAGCAUACUGAAACUAAAUGCUCUCACAUGCAUUUCUUUCUCACACCCAUGAGCUUCUUGUUCUGAACUCCCCAUUUUUUUUAUUCCCCUACCUUUUCUACACUAUCUCCAUCUCCCUAGUCCAUCCUGCCUCCUGAAGUCUACCUUUUUUUUCAGCACUUUAUCUAGCACCAUUUUCUUCUUUAAUGGUAUUUCGCUUCGUCUCCCAGUUUCUAGAUUUAAUCUCUAUUCAUCGAUCUUCCAACCUAUUCACUGCUUGUCUGGUAUUUGAUCCUAUUCUUACCUUAUAGUAUUUAAUUUUCUAUUCUUCCCUUUCGUCCAUAGCAUUUUGUCUGUCCCCCUCAACCUUACUUCAUGUUAUUCUCUGACCUCCAACCUUUCCUAAAUAUACUAGCCACUGUUUGCACUGUUUUUCACCAUUAUUUAUACCCCUAAGUCUGGCUCUUUCUACCCUCAUCACUGCCAGAGUUUUUUUUUCAAUCUUUUUAUAUUGGACAUAUAUACAGGUUGAAGUCCCGAUGUUACAGAUCUAGGAGCUUCACAUAAAAUAUUUCCAAUUUUCGUUCUGUAUAACAAGAGAAGAAUAAUUCAAAACAAAAUCUGCAGUACAGAACAAGGAAAGGAACAUGGCAGUCACUGCCAUAAUUUUAUCUUAUCGCUUCAGGAUUUUUUUUUUUUUACCCCAUUUAGGUUUGCACUCUUCUUCUCCUCAUAGAGCCUUUUACUAACACUUGUGUUUACUCUGUUUUAGUCCUAUAACUAUCCUGAGCAAAGAUUAAUAACAGUUCCUAAUGGAUGGGAAGGGGUCUCAUAACGAAGGAACAACAAAUCUGUGAGUGACUCAUUAUAGUUGUGAUAUAUUCUUAAUUUUUUUAUUAUCAUUUAUAUAGUGCAACAUAUUCCAUCUCGCUUUACAAUUAUAAAAGUAGGGAUAAUUAACAAGUAAUUAACAUAUGGAAUAUAACAGAGACAAGAGGUGAGCAAUGAGCUUACAAUCUAUGAGGAUGGGGUAAGUACACACAAGAGAAAUGACAGCAUGCAAGAGAGAGUACUGAUUGAUGGAUAAGAUCUUCAUCUUCUCAUCUAGUCUUUGCUCCAUCUUCCCUUAUUUUCAGCCUUUAAUUAAGCCUCUGAUCAAGUCUUUCUUCAUCCUCCUUACAACCUCUCCAUCUGUUAAUCCAGCACUGAAUGAUAGGAAUUCCACAUCCUUGGACUGUGUGACUUUGAGUGAUUGUCUAAGGUGAAUAACUGUAUGCGACAGUGUGUACUUGACUGUGAGUGACUGUGAGCAUAUGACUUUGUGUAUGUGACUGUGCAUGUUUGUGACUGUGUGUCUUGGUAUGCAGACCCAAGAUGCCAAACAGACCCAGUUCCCAUUGAUCAAGACCCAGUUCCUCACUGAUGAGCAUUAGUCUCUAAUAUGACUUAAUAUGAAGCUCUGAAAAAUACUCAAUAAGAAUAAAGGUGGAAAUAGAGUAUUUCUUGUGUGUAAUCAGCAAAGGUGCAGAUGCUCUUGCACACAUAUUGAAAAUAAUUGUUAUAUAUAAUAAACACAAUAUUGAUCAAUUAUUGCAGAUUCUAAAAAUAAAGAAUUAAAUACACAUCUCAUUAAAAGUGCCUUGCACUAUCAGUUUUUUUCAUUAACAUGUGAAUUGCCAUGAAUUCAAAGUGAAUUUCAAAUUUUAGGACCCAAUAAGUCAGUAGGAAUCAUUUUGCAAAUCAGAUUGUCAAUUCAAAAUUAUGGUCUAAAAUUAGAUAUUCAAUUCGAAUUUCUAACAGUUCACAACUUUAGUAAAAAGCCCUUAUCUAUCUCUUGUGGAGACACAUGGCACAAUGGUUGCUUCCUUGCAAACACUGGAGCUUCCUAGCAGUAUUAAUAUUGGUGGCAAAUUUCAAUGUAGUUUUAGUCCUAGUCUUUUGACUAAAAAGCCGUUUUUGUUUUAGUCGUAUUUUAGUCAUCUGAAUUGUUUUAGUUUUAGUCACCUAUAUCUCAAACAUUUUAGUUGACUAAAAUUUGACUACAAUUGUUAGUCGACAAAAUGAACACUGGUUCCUAGACCUGGUGGAUGAUAAUGUCAUAUUCUCACCUGGAGCUAAGGUUAAGGAGAUGCAAAUGUAUGUGAUGGGACAAUUUACAAAUGUGGUUUGCGUUAGUAGACCAGGUGCUUACAGCUAAACUGUAGUAGAAAGAAUCUGCAUUUAUAACUAUUCAACAUUUUUGUUGAUGUGUAGGAAUCAAGGGAUAAAAAAUUGCAGAUACUAAACAUGCACUAACUGAAUUGCAUUUAGGUAUGAAUAUUCUUUGUUUUUAUUUUUAAAGUCAUAUUAUUGUAUAUUAAACUAGCUCAAUGAUCCGAUGAUCAUAUCUUGAAUAAUGUGACUACAAUAAAAAUCAAAUAAAAUAGUGUAUUUUUAUCUAUCCAAGUAUAGAACUAUGUUUUAAAGAUUUUGGCCUCUUUUCUGGGAUAUUCAAGAACACAUGGCACUUACAUCAUUGAGAUUGCUGCUUUAUGCUCUAUUGAAAGAACACCUGAUUGCAGGUAGACCUGCCAUUGUUAGCAGUCCCCAGUGAUGAUCCUUAGUUAUAUUCCUGCAGUGUGGUGUACGUGAUGAACCAGAAAUGCUGGUUAAAAAAUAGCGUGCCUUUGAUAUCUUGUGGCCUCUUAAAUUAUACAGCACGCUGUGCCUUGUCCUUGCCUGAUCCGUUCCUCUCAAUUGCUUUAGGAGCAAUUCCAUUUGUGAUCUAUAGGGCUUUACUGACAGCUGCAUGAUGCAGUAUGCAAAGAAUAACCAUUUGUGAUUAGCGUUUGUAGGAAGAACAGUAGUCAGAAUGUAUAUUGAUGUUUUUUCUCAAUAAAGUAAAGUGAACUCAUGAAUUGUUUAUUAUAAAAACAUUGUGUUUAAAUGCAUGGAUAUAUAAUCUCUUUUACUACAUCUGCUGUGCACUAUGACUACCGUCACGUUCAGCCAGUCAUUCACUGUGCUGCUGGAGUUGCAAAGACUGCUGGUGCCUGGCUUAAACCAUUUAGAAAUGUAAUUGGAAGUGAGAAUCAAAUACAGUUCUCAGCAUUGUUUGAAUACAGAGCCAUAUGUUGGGGUUAGAGUCAACCCUGCUAGAUGGUCAUAUUUAAUGGGAUGGUACAAAAAUCUUCAAUUGGUAAUAAUAAUCCAAUACAAUGAGUAACCUUACAUGAACACUAUAGAGUCAUGACCACAGAAAUAUUUUCUGACCCCAUAGUUUUAAAAACACUAUCUAGCCCCCCUUCGCCUUAAAAAUUGUAAAAUCAUACCUUUAUUACAGUCUGCUGGUGCUGACUCUGCCCAUGAUCUUCCUCCUUGGCUAAUAUUAUCAGAAGUGAUGAUCUGAGCCAAUAACAAUGCUUUCCCAUAUGAAAUCAUUGUAUUGGCUGAGAUUGCCAUGGAGGUGGGGCAGAGGGCGGAUCCAAAUGCCACCCUGGCCAUUCAGCAUUCUCCUCAUAGUGAUGCAUUGAAUCAAUGCAUCUCUAUAAGCUAAGUUAAGUAUCUCCAUGCAGAGUAUGGAGCUCCUAAAUACCAGUGAUGCACACUGUGCUACAUUGCCCCAGGGAGCACCUUUAGUAGCCUUCUGAGGAGUGGCCACUGGACGUGUCCCUAGGCUUUAAUGUAAACACUGCCUUUUCUCUGAAAAAAAACUGUAUUUACUGCAAAAAGACUGUAAGGACUGACUAUACUCAUCAGAUCAAGUACAAUAAGCUCAAGUUGUUCUGGUGACUAUAGUGUCCCUUUAAGGCAAAGUUUUGUAAGUCUGGUAGGUAAUAUUCCAUAAUAAAUAAAGAGACAACACAAAAAAAGACAGUUUCAUUUAAUUGAUGAGCUAGGCUGUGGUAUUUAUUUAAAACAUUAGGGCGUUAACAGCUAAACAUUAAUUUAACAUGACUUUAGAAUCGCAAUAACAUUUAACAUAUUAACCCUUAACGUAACUUUAUUAACUACUUCAUAGCCAGUCAGUUAUCAAUUAACCUGACCACUUCUUAACACUGAUUUAAAAUGAAAUCCAUCCUCUGUUAUGUUAACCCCAUAGGUGACUUCACCCUGUACAACAACUGAACACCACAAACAGACAACACCAAAGUUGUCUCAAGUCUUUGUCAUCAAAUCACCUGGCUAGCCUAGGACCUCAGCAACAGUCUAUGUCACUAAUUCUGCCUAACUACAGGACUCACUCUGCCUAGCAACCCCAGCUGCCCUCUGAAUCCUUCCUAGACCCUUAGAGAUAACAAGACCCUAUGGUUAACCCCUUCCUCUCCAUUAGGCAUAUGUUGCCAAAGUGCCCAAUGCCUGUGGAAAUUCACAACAGUUACAAGAACAAUUAACAUGUGUACACUAUAAAUAGCUAUUGAUUAUGAAUAAAUGAAUUAUGUUAAAAAAAAAUUCAUUCCUAAUGGUACAGGUAUUACAUUUCAUGGGCCUAGUGUUCUUACAAUAUAACUGUAUAUAUUGCAGGAUAUUGUUUAUUUGUUGUGUUUUUUUUUUUGUUUUUUUUUUAAUAACCUAGAAUAAUUUCUUGUAUACUCAUAGUUUGACUUUAUAGAGGUGUCUCUAUAAAGGAAAUGUACAAACUGAUCUUAAGCAGGCCUUCACUGUUUACCAUUGUUUUUCAAAUGAAGACAAGGUAAGACUUGAUACAUUUACUGAGGAGGAAGGUUACAAAAAUGUGGAACUAUAUGAUACAAAAUCUGCUUUUUCUUAAUGCAACUAUUUUAGUACCCCCUUUUGUGUAGGUACACACAGUAAUAAAGCCCCCCUCAUCCCAAAAAAUAUUUAUAUAAAUAUAAUAUGAAUAAAUAAAUAUGAUAAUUACAUUUUUGGUGGUUUAGCAUUUAAAAAAAAAAAAUCAGCAUUCACAAUUGCUUUUAAAUGAAGUUUAAUUUUUGCAAAAUUUUUGAUUUUGUCCAGUUAUUGUUACUUUGCUAAUACAGGAAGAUCCUCAGACAAUUUCACUCUGGGGCUCAAACAGCAAAAUAUAUCAAUUAAUAUGUUUGGAAAACUUCCCUUCCCUAGUCAUUGCACCAUUUGUAUUGCUUUCUUUUUACGUUUUUAUUGAUUUUAGACAACUUCCAAUGCUUUGGAUUGGUAUAAAUAUUGAAAAUAUUCUUUAUUAAGUCUGACAGUUGUAACAGGAAUGUUAUGGUUUGGUGGUGCAAAUGGAGUCAUGACCUUCAAAACUAAUUUGUACUGGUAAAUAGUUAAAUGAACUCCUAUUGCCCUAUUUGCAUUAUCCCUAAUCAUUCAUACACCUAUAUGCCCCUCCUCCUGUAAGUAAUUCAUCAAUUCAUUAUGUCUUAAUGGAAAUAUGUUGGCUCAUCUGAUAAUUCUUCCAUCUUUACAGAAGACAUUUCGUUAGGAAAUUUGUAAAAAUCUCCAUGGUUUGGCUGCUAUUCUUCCAUGCUUCUACGGUUAUUCCAUUACAUACUUGCUUUAUAAAUUGACAACAUUUUUCUAAUUUUCACUAUUUUUACUUCCCUCCUUGAUUAACAGCUUACUGUAUCUUUUCUUAUAGGAUGUGCAUCAUGUUUCCAGAGCUGGAUAUCUAACAUCCUCCCCCCAGAGGUCCAGAUCUGCUCACCAUGCCCAUGGUAGAUACACUGAUGAUAACCCUGUUGUCCACUUCUUCAGGAAUAUCGUAAGUUUGCAUUUGGCAAUUAACUAUUUAUACAACAAGAAAUGGUAACAGGGUUUUUCAAAGUGAAUUCCAAGUUCAUUUAAAAUUUAAAAUAGCUGAAUUGGAAAAAUUCUCUUAGUCAACUAUGCUUCCAGCUUGCUACUUUGCCCUGGAAUUUUCCUUUAAAUUCACUCAGAAUACUAACUUUAGUGAAUAACACUGUAAUACUUUUCAGCAAGUAGAACCUGGCCUUUGAAUGAGAUGCUUCAAUCAGAGAGGAUUUUAUUUUUUUCUAAAAAAAAUAUCAAUUUUACAAUUUAAUUAAUUGAAAAAUUAUAGAAUUAGUUAGUAGAAAAAGGUAACUUCUUUAGUAGUUAUACUAAUUAAACCUAUCCACUUUCUUACAGGUGUCACCAAGGACACCACCUCCAGCUCAACCAAAGGUAAAUAGUUUGCUAAAAAAAUAUUGUUUCUAAAACCUAAUAAUUAUAUUUAUUACUAAUUGGUUAACGAAAAGAACAAAUUGAAUCUUUAUUUCACCGUGGAAAUUAUAUUUAUAAAGUAAACUUUGGAUCCAUCUAAGCCACAUUAUUUUAUAACCUGUAAUAUGCUUAGCAGCAACAGGCCCCUUUAACAAGAAGCCUCUUUGAAGUAUGGUCAUCUGAUUAGGAUGAGGUCAAAGAAUGUUACCCUAGUACCUUUAAUCUUACAUUUUUUGGGAUGCUUAAAUUUCAGCCAUAUGUUGAUUUUGCUUAGCAGAAUUUCGUUAUUGAAAAUCUGAUUUGGGAGCAAAAUCAGAUGAACCAAAGUAGGUCAAUCAUUGUGUUGCAAAAUAUAUACAUAAUACAAACUAUUACGUAUAUAUUUUUUAGUACACUGAUAGGAGUAUUUUGCUGCCAUUGUGUUCAUAUACCAAGUCUGAAAAAGUAAGCAGCAGAGGAAAAAACAGGAGGAGCAGUAAAAAAAUAAAUAAAUCUAUAUUUAAAUAAAAUAUAUAUAUAUAAACAAAUUACUGUCAUGCAUCAGCUGCAUAUCUCAAGUUGGUACAUAGUUAUACAUUUAUUAAAUAUAGAUUUAUUUAUUAUUCACUGCUCCUCCUUUUUCCCCUCUAUUGCGCACUUCUCACUCGAUCUGUGAAUAAAAUCAACAUUUAGUGACUGUGAAGACUUGCCAUCAGUCCUCUCUUUUUUUGUUGCCAGAGGAGGAAUCCAGAAUCACAAGCCACAAACCAAUGAACAUGCUUGGCCAUUGUGCCUUUCGGCUAGUUUGUGAUUAGAGAGUCUCCAAGUGUUAUACUAAGUAAUAAUUAAUAUUAAGAAUAUUUCCAGGUUACUCAUUGUUUGUCUUAUGUUGGGCAUCAUUGAGAAAGCGACAGACAGUGAUUUGUAAACAGGAGAGAAGGGACACAUUUAGGGAAAAUGUUAAAGAAUCCCAUGGAAAUUUAGUCUGAGAGGCCAAGACUCACCCCAGGUAGUUUAAAGCCAGAUUUUACAGGAAUGGGCAUAAAUAGAACGAAUGGCACUAUAAUAGCUCAAAGAACUUCCACGUCUACUGCCCAUGAGGUAUUAAUGAUAUUGCCCCAAGCAAAAUGGAACUUCCUGAAAGGGCCAGUACAUGCAUCAAAGCAGACUUGACUGCCUAUAUAGAAGAUUUGGUUAAAGGGACAAUAUAGUCACCAGAAAAAAAUACAGCUUAAUUGUAGUUGUAAUUGUAGUUGUUCUGGUGAGUAUUAUCAUUCCCUGCAGACAUAUUCAUGUAAACACUUGGUUACAUUGCUCCCAAGGGAUACCUCCUAUAGUCACUCCUCGGAUAGUCACUGGAGGUACUUCCAGGGGCAGUGUUGCAGUGUGUGCAGCACUACCGUUCUGCAUCUACACUCUCUGCAUGGAGAUGUUGAAUUUUACUCUUGGAGAUUCAUUGAUUCAAUGCAUCUCUAAGAGGAGGUGCUGAUUGGCCAAGCGGUGUUUGGCCCCGCACCCAUCCCACCUCCUUCCAAUUUUGGCCAACCCAAUGCUUUCGUUAAGGGAAAGAAUUUGAUUAGCUAAAAAUCUUAAAUGUUGCUGAUGUCAGCAAGGAAGCGGAUCGGGGGUGUGGCCAGCACCUGCGGACCUGCAUGGCUCUUCACAUAAGGUAAGUUUUAAUUCCUUUUAUGGAGGCUAAGGGGACAAGCCACUUAAAUAGUGGUUUUAACACUAUAGGAACAAGAAUACACGUUUGAGUUCCUGACCCUACAGUGUUCCUUUAAAUUAUAUGGCUGUCAAGGUUGUGUGAGCACCAUAAAGCAGCACCUAGUGGUUUAUGCACUGUCAUAGAAGCAGUAAUGAAAUGUCAGACAUCCUAGGGUAGGUAGACGGGGUACUAAGUGUAUUUAAAAAGUAAUAAACAGGGAUAAAUACAACUGUCUGUACUUAGCUGUAGAAGAAGAGGUGGAGGUGAAGGCAUCACAUAUAUAUUAUCAUGCAUUUGAUUAAUAUAAACAUAACCGUAAGCUCUUGUUUGACAUCUAGUAAACUGCGUAGAUUAAGUGGGAAACUUCAUGAAACUCACCAGAUCUUUAACUAAUAUGGUAUCUUACUUUUAACCCUCCACUGUUUGUUUUAAGGUUGUUUUAGAUAAUAUUACAUAUUCUGCUAAUCCCUUUAAGCAGAAUCAAGAUGAGAAGACGGGUUUGUAAUGUUGUAUAUGUUGGCUCAAUGUAUAUCACAUUAAUGCUGUAUUCUGCUUGCACUUACUAGUCAUGGUGAUCAUUGUGUUACUGUUUUUGUCUUUUCCAUGUGCAGAGAGGAUUAUCCCUCACCAGAUUUAGCUGGGUAGGUGAUGAGUGCUUUUUUUCAUUUUCAGUUCAUCCUUUUUCUUCUCUACCAAGCUGCUGAUGCUGCUGUCUAAAUAGCAUUUCCUUUUUAAUCUUUUUUAUUAUCCAGUGUAUUUUCACUUAUAUUUCACCUUUUUUUCUAUUUCCUUUUAUACCCACACAGUAAUUAAUUUUGCUUGCAUAUGUCAUUUUAUUGCUUUGGAUGCACUCUGAUCUUUGCAUCCACAACAUUUCAAAUAGCCAUGAGAGGAUUUCGUUUUAAUGGGAAUGUGGAUGGUGUGACAUUAACAAUGACUUUAUUAUUUAUGGCCCAUUGAUAACUACUUAUGUUUCUACAUAAACCAUUGUGGUUUACAACAAUACCAAAUCAUUUGAUUAACAUCAUUUUAAAAGGAUCCUGUAGCCUUUAAAAAUGAUGACCCUAUAGUUGAGAAUUAAUGUUGAUCAUGCAUUCAAAAUUGUGCGAAAAGAAUUAACAAAAAUUAGUAAUAUAAAAGUAAUAUGAACCUGCAGUUUGUACUUUGCUCUCUGCCUUUGAGCUGCUUCCUAAGCAAUGGCAACUAAAUAGUUGCCAGAUUGUCUUUGCUCUCAAUAAGGGAGUAGCACUGAGCAUUCACACAAGUCAUGCCCCACAGCUUUGGGAGGUAUGAAAUUGGGACAGUUUGGCAGGUCUUCAGGGGGCAUCACCAAUCAUGCAAGUUGCAUUACUAAUGUCACCCACAUUGAGGGAUCUACCCUAUAGUAGUCAGACAUCAGCCUCCUGUGCUGACCCCCUAAAUACAGAACAAUGCAGAAAGCACUUUCUGCAUGGUCCUGUGCUUGCCACACAGUGCGAGUUCCUCUAAAGAUGCAGUUGUGGUGUAAAGCCCAGGAAUGGUUUCCUUGUGUCUCUAAAUAUGGGACAGCAGGCAACUAAAUUGGGGCAGUGAGUCAGGGGUGUCUCAUCAAAACUGGCACAGUUGGGAGGUCAGCAUACACACAAUUGAUGUCACACACGCUCAAUCAGUUACAAUUUCUACUGACUUCAGCAGUUCUUUUCUAUGUAAGUACCGAAGCUGAGCAAAAUUACAUCGCACAAUUAUUAAAGCAUCGUUUACAUAUUGCAUUAACAAUAGAGUGUAAUUUUCAUGCUCCAGUGACUCUAAAAUGUGCUUCAAUUUUAAAGUACUCUAUUGUAACUUUUAUUGUUGUAGAGCUCUGAUAUUCUGAUAGACACGACAUGUCCAAGCUCUUCGAAAAAAAGGAAACUAAGAACAGAGAGGCAUAAAGCUUAGACUUUCAUAGAAGGAAUAUUGGGGAGGAGGUAUAUGCUCUUUUGUCCAGAGGUAUGCAGGAUUAUUCACUAAAGUGAUUUUUGAGAUAGUCAAACUAAAAACAUGCUAUAUUGGCUAUCCAAUUUGGCUAUUUAGGCAAAACAUAUAUUUCAGUGGAAAGAGAUCUGAUCACCUUUCUGUCGCUGGAAGAGUAAUUUAUUGCUAAUUCUAUGACGUUCCAUUUUUAUCAGUAAAAGUAAGAAGUGCUGGCCUCCCACGCCACAAUCCAUAGAACAGUGACAUGGUGACAACGUUUCCUUGCUUAGUGUGACAGAAUCUUCUUCACAACUGUGAUGGUAGCUUGUGAAACACAUUUCUUUAUGACUCCACUAUGACACAUUGUUUCUGCAUGGCUCUUACGCAACUAAGCAGAUGCCGUUUGCAUGACUAAAACCUAUUCUUGUUUCUGUGAAGCUCCCAGAAGACUCACAUGUUUUUCUCUUAUUUUUCUUAAGCUUGAAUUAUUUACGCUAAAAAAAAUGUCAUUUUGCUAAAAUUGCUCAUAUUCUUUUUCCUCUGUGUGUAAUAAAAGGGGAGGGUUCAUUUCACAGAAGCUGGCCUCCUUUUCUACUGUUUGUUGUUUAUGUUGUUUUACCUUUUAUGUUUCUUUUACAAGAAAAUCAAUCAUGCAUGGUUUAAUUUUAGUAGAUUUAGUACAUUUGUAGGAGAUCAUGUAAACAUCUGUUGUGCACAGUGCCAACAACGAUUAAAUUGUAUGUCAUCAUAUGCUCACAAUGCUAUUUAAAAGGAAUCUGUAAAAGGUUUGAGCAGUACUACACAGCUUUAACAAUCUAGUUGCCAGAGGGCACAGUGCAUUACAGUCAUAGUGUAUUCUAUGUUUAUCAUGUUACAGAUUUAUAAAAGCCAUAUGUUCAUUAUCAAAAUGUUCCAUUUCCAAGAAAGUCAUUUAUAUAAAAAUUAUGACAAUCCAGAAAAUGAACUGGAUGACCUGCUACAAAAAAAAGUCUCAGUAAGACGUGCUAAAACACUGUGUGGUGUGUUUAUAAAAUACUGAAUAGCAUACGAAUGUGGUCCAGUUCUUAAAAUACAGCUGUUUUUUUUUUUGGUUUUUUUACCAAUUUGGCUCUUCAUGAAAGGCAAAUUUGUUUAUUUUAACAGAAUUUACACUUCUAUUCAGCUGCAGUUUUGUUGUAUGUUGAAAUCAACCAUAUCUCUAUAUAACAUGGGAGACAUGGCUAUUCACAAACAGCCUACCUUUAACAAAUUGACUUCAUUUGAUUGUCCCAGUUACCCUGAUACAUACCACAGGAAUUGUACAUAAAAGUCUCCAUAAUCCUUAAUCACCCUUAUGCUACUCCAAAUCUUCCUUAACUAUAUGAGAACACAACAACUCUAAAUCCCCGAAACACACACACAAAACAACAACCAUGAAACUUCUUACUUUAGCAUAAUUUUUUUUCCUAGAAGAAAAAUUUAGGUAGAAUUCAGUUGCCGUUCGUUUGAGCUAUUUUGAAAUAAACCUCACUGAAGCAAUAAGAUCGAUUUGAAAAUAUCAGGGAUUCCCAUGAUUCAAUUUGUUUAGCAUUAGGUUGCGAAUAUGGCGAACGACAACUAAAUCCUAACAACUAAAUGCAGAAUAAUUGAUCUGAAUUAAAUGAGAGCUCACGUAUAUGUUUAUUUAUGUGGCUAGAAAUAUGUAAAAUAAAACAAACCUAAUUUUACAUUGAUUGCCCGAGGAAUCUGUAGAUAGGAGUUGGCAUUAUUUUGUUUCUGUAUUUGAUUAUUUGUUGAAUACAGACUCAUAAAAUGGCAGAGUGAAUCCUGUAACUGUUCAUCUUUAAACUAGUGUUAGUGCCCUGAGUUUCUCUUUAAAUUAAAGCCAAUAUAAUAGAAAGUUGUGUUUACAUUAAAUUUGAUACAUGUACGAAUCACAUAUUAAAUGACCUCCAUGGAGAUAUUAACAAUCUGCUCCAGAUAGGUUAGUUAAUAAUAUACAUUAACUUGUAUUACAUAAUAUCACAUAGCACAACAUGCGUUAAACAUGAUUACAAUAGAACAAACUACAAAUUCAUCUGUAUAGACAAUUAAUAAAAUUAGCAAUGAACUUGGUCCCAGCUGUUCCAUCAUAAUAAAUCAUUCAUUCACAAUAUGGCAAGAUUCUGGGUCUUGCUGCUUUUAUAUAUUAAUUUUGACUGAUCACAGAUAAUUUUAAAGAGAUGCUGUUGAAAAAUGUCUAUACUAAGUGUCAUCAGGCUAAUAAAGUUAUGUGGAAUAUAUAUGAUACACCAAAUCAUCGGCAAUAUGUUCAGCUCUAGAUACUAGCACUUCCUUCGGUGCUGGAGGUUAUUAUUCGCGGAAAGAGAAAAAGACAUUUAUCAUACAUUAGACGUCCAUAUGGCAAUACACAUUCUGAAAUAAAUUUAGCAUAAACAACAACAACAAAAAAAACAUAGACUUUAACUGAUGUCUGUUAUUAGUGGCAAAAAAGAGAGAACUUAGUUUUUCACUAUGUCGUUAUUAUAAUGUAUGUGCAGAUCGAAAUAGCAGCCUGGUCUAGGCACCUAUAUUUAUUUUCCGUGAAAAUAAUGUUAUUUUAAAGUCACACUGCUGGCAUUUUGGGAAUCUGCAUUUACCCAAAAGAAGAAGUAUGAAAAAAGUAGGGAGGAGAUUGUUUUGUAUGCAAUAUCUACCUUUUUGAAUGUUAUUCAUAAAAAAAACAUGUAUUUUGUAUUGGAUAUUUUAUUUUAAUUUGUCCAUGCCUGUUGGAAGAAAAUUUGCUCGGUUAGGCUGACCUUUAAAAAUUUUUUUUAAAAUAAAUGUAUAGUAAUCAUGCAAAUUUCUGCAAGGAGAAAAUAGGUAUUUCUGCCAAUUUCUAUCAGAUUUACAGUACACCUGUGUCAUUGUUCUCACAUGUAUUAAAAUGUUAUACUUUUCAGAUUUAGAGCACUGAGAAAACUCAAAAAUGCAAAGAUUUACUCAACAUUUAUAUCUGAUAAUUCACCUGUUUCACUAAUGAUUUCUAUUUUUAUUUUCAUAGGUUGCUGCAUUUAACUCUGUUAUAUUUACUGUUUGCAGGGCAAGGUGGUAUUAUUAGUGAUUUUAUUUUUUUGAUAUGUUUGUCAUUUUGGUUUGUCAUGUUUGUCAGUUUCAGUAAGUGCUUUGAUUCCGGUAAAUAACACAAUUGCUUAUGACCACCCUAAACUGUCUGCUUAAUUCUAUAUAGGGAGGUGAAGGUCAGAGACCAUGCUAUGCCUCUGGCGCCAGGUAUUUCGAGCACCACAAAUCAUCCCACAAGGGAUACAAGGAUGCGCAUCGGGAUGGCCAAGGAACCCUGUCCAGGAUCUUUAAACUGGUAAAGAAAUUACAUAUAUACUAGAAAACAAAGAUAAUGGAAUAUUGUACUGAUUAAUAGACAUUUAGCAAAUACUUCAAGGUGCCAUGCUUUAUAUUACAGUUCUGCCCACUGUGGCCUUUUUGCUGGACUGCAACUUCCAUCAUACUUGGUGGCUUUCAGGCUUUCCCAAUGUAGACGUUACUAGAACAAGAGAACAUCAUUUCAAUUUAAGCACUAGGACACUGAGGGAAUGGGACACUGCAUAAAUACGAAUUUUCAAAAAGUGAGAAGCUGGAGCACCUGACAGGGGCAUGAGCCCCAAGUGACAACAUAUUUGGUGUUAAUUAUACACCACAGUGUGGAGGUGAUGCUGUCACAAUGUGAUUUAUAGAACAUCAGAGCUUAGGGUUUGACUUGGGACACAGUAUUGGGAUGGUUUUAUGAGGGGCUUAAGUCAAUACCUGUGGGAGUGGUCAUAUAAUUUACUCUUUGGUUCAAGCCCCUGGUUAUUUUCCACCCAGCAGCACACCUGGGUAGAAGUGAAAAUGCUGAUUUAAAUCAUGUCUGGGCUGCCAUUGAGACUGAUAACCACACGAGGAGACUAGCACUGAGAUUCCAAAAUGGAAGUCUCAUUUCCAUGAUUGUCUGUAAAAGAGCAGUGGUUAAUACCAAGAGGCCAGCAUAUGCCUUUGGCUACAAAAUAUAGAUAUGUUUCUUGUAGCCACCCUACUGUCUUUAUUGACUGCGCUCUACUCACCUUCAAAGAAUACCAACCACCAUUUAGAAUUUACUAUUUUGCAAACCUGCAUAAAGGUGUGUUUUUCAAUGAAUUGCCAUAGCUACUACACCAAGAUACAAGAGAAAGUUUGCCCAGCUAAUUUUCCCUGAGCAAGUUGUUCAUAAGAUUUUAUUUACUAAACAUAAAGUUGUAGUAAAUUGAAAAAUUUAGGCAAGUCUAGCUAGAGUUACAGCUUGGCUUUUUUAGCCUACAUUUUGCAGUGUUAAUUCACUAUAAGUCACUGAUUAGUGAAUAAAUAUUUAGUCAUUUUUUUUCAAACUUCUGGUCAGAAAUGGUUUUAUACGUGUUGGUUUAUUCACUAAAAUAAGAAUGCAGUGUGAAUUCAGAGUGAAUUUCAAAUUUAAAGUCACAGUAGCCAAAUUGGAAAAAAUCGUUUUCAUUUUUCAUUCGUUUUCCAUUCUGCUACUCUAGCCUUAAUAGGACACUAUAGCCACCAGAACAACUACAGCUUAAUGUAGUUGUUCUGGUGAGUGUAAUCAUUCCAUGCAGGCAUUUUAAUGUAAAUGCUGUCUUUUCAGAGAAAAUGCAGUGUUUACAACACCUGUAGGGACAUCUCUAGUGGCCACUUCUCAGAUGGCCACAAUAGGUGCUCCCUGGGGCACUGCUGCACAGUGUGCCGCACUGCCAUUCACCGUUUCCAUGGUUUUAACACUGUAGGGUCACAAAUACAUGUUUGUGUUUCUGACCCUAUAGUGUUCCUUUAAAUUUGAAUUUUACUUUAAAUUCAUCUUGAAUUCUCACUUUAGUAAAUAACCCUGAUACUGUUUUAUGUCUAAAUGUAUUUAGCCCAGCACCUAGUCAAAUUUAUGUACAAUGCUUGGUUAUAUUGGCACAAAAUGUGUGCUUCUUUCCCUAGUCCGUAAAGAAAAAAGUAAACAAAACAAAAAAUCCAACAUCUAUUCUUUCAAAUAAUUCCUUUUGAAUCCCAGAAGCAAAUUACUAAAUACAGGAGCCGCAGGAGGAGGAAAUUUUUAGAAGAACUAAGCAGAGGGUAGAAUGUUUAAAUGAAAAAGCAGUUCAGUUUACACAAUACAUUAUUAUGUUUAAAUAAAAUGCAAAUAAGUAAUAUAAACACCCAGAAUGCAAUAUUAGCUAAUGAACUGCACACUUCAAAUCAACAGGAGAAAUCGAGAGAUGAAACCUUUAUAAUAUGGAUUAAAGCAAAACACUUUCUGUGUUUCUAUGCCAAUUAUUUAUUUACAACAAAAAUCAGAACUCAAGUUAUUGCAUAAAAUCACUGCGGGAAGCCUCUACAAUCUUUCUGUCUUCUGUUCUCUAGAGAGCUGGCAACAAGAAAUGAGUUUUCUGAGUUGACGUGAUUAGGAUUAAGUGGAAAAAAAGUCAGCAGGGUAGUCAGUUACAGUCGCCCUAAAACUAGUCAGCGUUGUGGAUAAUUCACCUGCCGAGCUGGAAAUCAAGAAAAUGUUUCCACCACAAAGUUAAUCUUUUUUUAAGAUUAAUUUUGUGCAAUGUCCUUUAAGUAAUCUCCAAUAUUUAAAUAGCAUAACUGAAGCACAUGUUUGUUUUCUUUUUUCUUUCGUUUGCGCCACAAAUCUAGCCGGCCUGUCUUCCAAAUUUAGCAAUUUUUAAUCUAUUUGUGAUUUUUGUUGAAGACAUGCUGUGACAAUGAUGGCUUUUAUUCCUUUUAUAUUGUAAUGUCACAUUACUACAAGUUAGUAUUUAUACCUGCUGUUAUUAUCUAGAAUUGUGUGUUACUCCAUCCUACGUAAAAAUCCUGACGAAUAAUACUGAUGUAACUGGUUUAUAAGUUAGGAUAGAAAUAAAAAAAUAAAAAUCUUAGCAAAUCCGUUGUUACCUGCCUAUAUGACUGGGGGAAAAAUAUGAAUAAUUAAGUGGGGGGGGGAAAAAUCAUAUUUCAUCAGAAAAAAAUUUGUAUAGAGUUUGUGUGGGAUUAGAAAUAUAAGUAUUGUAAUGCAACUGACUCAAAUGCCUUAAACAUAUAUAAUUUAGCUGUAUGAAAAAAAUGCAAGCCUUAUGGUGAAUGCAUUACCUGUAUAUGAUUAAUAUAAUUAUAUCCCGUUGGAUAAAAAUGUAAAGAAAUAGUAAUUUUAGUUCUUAAAAUAUAAGUUCACUAUUUCAAUGGAAUGGUUACUCUUUAGGAGCCACAUUUCUUUGCCAAUGAAACUCUACUGUCCAUCGUUCGAGAAGCUCAGUACAUCUGCUGUGUGUGCUGCAGAGCUCUCCAGUCAAACAAUUUACAUGUGUUUAUUUUAUGUAAUAUGACCAGGGACAUCACUAAGCUUAGGUUUGCACAAUGGAGGGGUGGCAGCAUUUUAAAUUAUAAAAAUAACGUACUUAUUUUAGAAUUGCAUUAAAUUAUUGCUGCUGUCCUGCGCCGCUAACUCACUUGAACCUGGUUUAAAUGCUACAGAGGAGUUACUAGAACUAGAUUUACGAUCGGGUAAAGAGCUUCCUGCUUCUUUUCAGCUGAAAGGACCACUAUAGUGCCAGGAAAGCCUCCUCUCCUCCCCUUAGUGCUGGUGAGGUAGGGUGAAAAAGAAAGUUUACAACUCUUCCCGUGUCUGUGUGUUUAAAUACUGCACUGCACGUGUCUAUUUAAAUAAAAUAUUAUAAAUAGAUCAUUAUGUCACAUGCAAAUUCUCAUUAAAGGUGCACUAUAGUAUUAGGAAUACAAAACUGUAUUCCGCGCAUUCAGCCGGUCACAUAAGAAAGCAUUCAUAAUGCUUUCCUAUGGAUGCUGGCAAGCUCUCACUGUGAUUUUCCAGUGAGAAUCAUGCAAGCACAUCUAGCGGCUGUCAAUGAGACAGCUGCUAGAGGAAAUAGGGGAAGGCUUAACCCAUUCAUAAACAUAGCAUAAACAUUCUCUGAAACUGCUAUGUUUUUGAAAAAAUGGGUUAACCCUAGCUGGACCUGGCACCCAGACCACUUCAUUAAGCUGAAGUGGUCUGGGUGCCUACAGUGGUCCUUUAAACACCAAAGAGACCUUGGCUUCAGCCGCCUCUCCUCCCCUUAGUGCUGGCAGAGGUAGGGUGAAAAAGAAAGUUUACAACUCUUCUAUGUGUGUUUAAAUACUGCACUGCACAUGUCUAUUUAAAUAAAAUAUUAUAAAUAGAUCAUUAUGUCACAUGCAAAUUCUCAUUAAAGGUGCACUAUAGUAUUAGGAAUACAAAACUGUAUUCCAAACAAUAUAGUGUCCUUCUGCCUCUGUGCCUUGCUCAGUAACGAGUAAGUCUUUGACUUACCUGAUUCCAGCCCCAAGAUCGCUUGGCGUUGGAUAAGGCUCCUCCUUCUGCGAUGUCAUAGCUAAGGGGGUACAUAAUGUGCAUGUGCAGCUAGACAAUGAAUUAGACAUUUCCCAUAUAGCUUUGAAUCAUUGCUUUCUUGUGGGGAUUUUUAAGAUGCUAGAUGUCUUCAUGCAAAGCAUUCAUACUCAGGGGCGUAUUAGCCGCGAGGCAAACAAGGCAUUUGCCUUGGGCGGCACUUUCCAGGGGGCAGCAAAAAAAGCCGCCCCCAAAUGCCCAGGGCAAAUGUCUUGUUAGCCUUGCGGCUAACUGACAAGCCAGGCGGGCGCGCGAGGGAGCACUUUACCCUGAGCUGUCUGUUCAGCUCCCUCACGCGCCGCAGAGUGAUGCCGGGAGCUGGAAUAUGACUUCAUAUUCCGGCUCCCGGCAUCACUCUGCGGCGCGCAAGGGAGCUGAGCACAAAGCUCAAAAAUCAGUGCUCCCUCGCCAGCGCCGCCCGCCCAGCAGCCACUGGACCCCAAGGAAAGGGAGAACCCCCCAGCACUCCCAAAGGUAAGGAGUGAGUGUGUUAAUGUGAGUGAGUGUGUGUGUCUGUUAGUGUGUGUCAGUGUGUCUGUGUGUGUGUGUGUCUGUUAGUGAGUGAGUGUGUGUCUUUGUGUGUGUUUGGGUCUGUUAGUGUGUGUGUGUCAGUGAGUGAGUGUGUGUUUGUGUGUCUGUUAGUGUGUGUAUGUGUCUGUUAGUGUGUGUGUGUCUGUUAGUGUGUGUGUCUGUUAGUGAGUGACUGUGUGUCUGUAAGUGAGUGUGUGUGUGUCUGUUAGUGAGUGUGUAUGUCUGUUAGCUAGUGUAUGCGUAUCUGUCAGUGAAGGUGUGUGUGUGUCUGUAAGUGAGUGUGUGUCUGUUAGUGUGAGUGAGUGUGUGUGUCUGUUAGUGAGUGUGUAUGUCUGUUAGCUAGUAUAUGCGUAUCUGUCAGUGAAGGUGUGUGUGUGUGUCUGUGUAUUUAGAAAGCGGGGUAGGGGGGAAGGGUGGGGUGGCGGGGGGAGGGGGUCUGAGUUUUGUCCUGCCUAGGGAAGCACAAAACCAGGAUACACCACUGUUCAUACUCUGCUACUCAGUCACACAACUUUGUUUAUGUUUGAGGACAUGGAUUUCCUCAGGAUUUUUUCCAGAUGAAGGUAAAAGAUUAUCCCUCCUUUUCCCUUCUCCUUUCCCAAUUCCUCUUAUAUCUUCUCAAAUAUAUUUUAUUAAAGAGAUAUGUUUACAAUACCUUUUACAAUGAAAAAGAAAAUACCAUAAAUGUUAUAUAUAAAAAAGAGUAAAUAUCAAUGUAUCCAGUCCAUAUGUAAAUCGAUUAUGAAAGUAUUGAACAGGCACUGUAUAGUCAAUUUUCAUUGUGAUAACUUAUUGGUAUGAAUGAACUAUGCAAUUAAAUUGCAAUGUUAAUAAGUAAAACAAAAAAAAAUUAAAUUGGGAGGGGUGACAAAGAAAGAAGAAAAAAAAGGAGAAGAGGGGAAAGGGAGUGCAUCCAUCCAGAAUAGCUUUUUUCAACUUAAAUUCUAAUGACUAUAACCAAUUCUAGUAUACAUAACAUGACACAACAAUACUUAGUUCAGAUAAUUGCGUAAUAGAAUAAAAAAAUGUUGUUGUCAAACUAUUUUCCAAAUACACUUCUUUAUGCAAGCAAUCAAAACCUAUAUUCUAUUUUAAUUUGUUUCCCAUUCAUCCCAGUAGUGUCUAAGGUUAUCUAACUGCAAAGAGCCAGUUCAUAACCCCUAUUUUUUAGUAUAUAAUUAAAAAUGUCUUUAAUAGUAGGGAUUGUUGGUGACCUCCUGUAUCUGGGGAUGACUGUAGUAGCAGCUAAAAGGAUAUGUACAAUUAUAAUUUUAUCAAUUCUUUUCAAUAGUAUCAGGGAAGAAUUUGCAUAAAGCCAAUUCUGAAGUGAGUACAGGAAUAUUAGAAUUUUAUUUUUGGAUUAAUUUAUGUAUUUUCUGCCAAAAUUGUGUGAGUUUAGGACAAUACCAAAAAACAUGUGAAAGCGAGCUAAUCAUUCCACAGUUUCUCCAACAUUUAUCUGAAUAUCUGGAGUUCAUUUUAUUCGACCUAUAGGGGGGAAAAUAUCAUCUAUAAAUUAUUUUGAAAUGGUUUUCCCAAUGAUUGGAGCACUGUGUAAUUCCUUUAAGAGCUGGUAGUUCUUAUUUCUAUAUUAAUAUAUUGUCCUUAUUAUGUUGCAGUGAAUAAUAACUCGUAAUAUUGAAUAUAGGCCUAUUACUUCAUUAGUCAACAUUUAAAAAUUUAAAUUUAGUCAAUACGCUGUUAAAUGUGUAGUGGUAGUCCCCAACUCAAAUGUGAUUUGGGAAUGUGGUCCUCUGGUGUAAAAACAUUGGGAACCACUGCUUUAGAGGAGUUAUUGAUUAUUUGUUAAGUUUACAUUUUAGAUUACAACAGAGUAAUUGAUGAUGGGGACAUGCUGAAUAUCAUUGUUAAAUUACAGUUGUGUUCAGAUUUUCUUUAACAUCAGCAUUAGAACGUAAUGUCCCUAAGGUUGUUGUGGCUGUUCUGUUGUGUCUAUUGAUUGAACUAAGUAGAUUACACGUUGCUGAUCAAUACAUUGUUCUAGUUAUCCACUGCAUGCAUCAUCAUCUGUUCCUGGGUGAAAGCUUUCAAUAGUCUAAUGCCUAAUCAUUUGUGAUUGUUCAAUUAAAGGGGAACCAUCAAUUUCCAGGAUUUUUAACAAUAUAUCUUUUUAUCUUCUAUAUUUAACAAGUAUAUGUUUUAAGAACUGAAUUUUUUUAAAUUUUUUUUAUUCAAUGUGGAAAUACACACACCGGUUAUUUAGUUCUUUCUUGAAAUUGAGUGGCUCCAUCUUGGCUCCAUGACUUUUUUUUGUAAGAAAAAGAACAAAAAAAAAACCCCAGUAUUUGAGAGAAGGAGAGAAACAGACAACCAGGAGUUGUUUGUUCAUGGUAGUUUUGCCCAGGACAUGUAUUGGAACUUCCAAAAUUAAUCAAUGCACUGAAACACCUAGUACUCCUGGGCAGCCGUAAUGACCAUAGUGCUCAUCACCCUAAAUACAUACAAUAAAGCCCCCCCAAAAAUGACCUGUGCACUAUUCAAAUUCCCUAUGCAAAUUUAAAUAAUUUGAGGCUUUUAUUUAAUAUCAGUAAAUGGCCAUUAAAGUGUAAGCUCACCUGCCACAUUAAGGCAAAACCUCAUAGGGGAGUUUAUUUAAAGGAACACUCUACAAAUAAAAUAUGUAAUGGUUCAUAUUUGUGUAAUACAUAUUUGUGCCAGGGAAGAGGAGAGUCGAGGGCUUGCAGUAGUUGCAAUUACUAUAUUUUCAUAUACCCCACAUGCAAAAUGAAUUACACAAAUAUGUACUAAACUGCUGCUUAUGUUAUUUAUGGAGUGUAAGCAGAGCUGCAGUAAUGAGUUCACAAACACGUUGCCCUGUCAAAACAGAUCACACUGAGCCAAUAACAGUGACCUAUAGAGGUUUAAACACACAAUGCAGUUUGCCUUUGAUUUUUCAUUGAAAAGUAUAAAUUUGAACGUCAUUUAUUGACAGAGAAAAUUAUUACUAGGUAUCUAAAUGCUGUGUGCAUGUGAAAUGUUUUAUCUAUACACUGGGGUUUGCUUUGAAUAUCUAAUCAUUGCAGAUGGUGUAUAGUUGUGUAGUGCACCUGUGCCAAGUUCUGUACUUGGCAUUGUAAUUAAAGUCAGCUUGUUCAAUGGAAUCUGGUGUGCUUAAAUCCCAUUUGUUAAGUAUGGAAGUAACUCACAGGCAAACCAGCUUUUAGGCAUUGUAAAUCAGAAAAGGGACAUUUUGAAAGCAGAUGUAAAAAAUGCUUUGACAGUUCACAAGAAUCCAUUGCUUAAUGUGAAAUGAAAGAACUAAACUGUAUUAAAUAUGCAAUAGCAAACUGAAUUCUGUUACAAAGAAAUAUGUGACUUCACCGGGUUUUAAUGUGUUUAUUUUUUUAAUUAACCUUAUAUAUGCUUCAUAUAUAUAUAUAUACUAUUUAUUUUUUAUUAUUAUUAUUACAUUUUCUUUCUUCUUUUUUUUUUCUGGUCACUGAUACUUUGGGGUCAUAGCCCAUACUUUUGUUUAAAACAGUGUCCAUUGUUGAGAAAUGCAGGAUGACGUGUAAAACACAAUGCCUGUCUGUGCUCAUUUGCAUAUCAAGCUGGGGACUCACGGAUAGUUGUGGAAACAUUAUUUCUCGAGUUUCUUUUCUCAAGAAGGACUUUCAAGUGUGUGUGUGUGUGUGUGUAUCUUAUCCUAUGGUAUUCGGGGAACUUCUAAAUAGACUGUCUAUAAAUCCCAUAACUUUGUAACAAUUUAGAUAUGCACUGAGAUGUUUUCAAUCUGCUCUUUAUGAAAACUCCCACUUUAAGGUAAGGCUAUAUUACACUAAUUGGAAAAAGGCAAUGGUAUAAUUAAAUUAGUGAGAGUACAAAGAUGCCAUCUGCAGAAUACCUGGCCUUCAAGAUGUAACUAGAAAACCAUAUAAAAGCACAGGGAUUUUCCAGAUAUAAAAUUGACGCUGUGUCAAUAAGUAAGGUUAGAGGCAAGUUCCAUGAUGCUUUGUCAUUCUAAAGACAUGCAAAGCAUUUGGGGAUCUACAUUUUGUGUACCCCUGCUCUACAUAAUAUUGUGUUUGCACAUAUACAGCAGUUCGAGGGUGCCUGUCUUCUUUUAAUGCAUUUGGAAAAGUGUAUUAAAAAUGGAGAGAGAGUGACAUAACCAUAACUCUAUUCUGAAAUAAUAACACUUCCACGGGGUCCUGGAGACAUAAUAAUAAACUAUUACUCUGAGUGGUUUGUGGAUGUCUGCAGAAACAAUUUCCUUGAAACAUGCAUUAUCUUGUGUAUCUUUUAUAUUAUGUUUUUGUUUAUUUAAAAAAAAAUGGAGCACAUAAAGGCAUUCACACAGAUACGCACUUAUUGGGGCUACCUUGCAGGCUGUCUGGCUCUGUUGCCAUCAAUCAUUCUGUCCCUCUUUCCUGGGGAGAUUGAGAUUUUACAUUUUAAAUUAUUGUUACCCAAUAUUGCUCUGUGUGAUGAUACACAGCAUGAAGGGAAUUGGGAACACGAUCUGCCCACUAAAAUAGGUAAAUCAUGCAAUGUAUUUAUAAUAUAUAGAAAAGCCUUUCAUUUCAUGUGGGAGGUUAUAAAUUUCAGUCAAAACAAGCCAUUGACAUCAAUAUAAAAGAUGAUCUGUAGACGGCAUCUUGCAUCUUUUGUUAUCCUAGCAACAUCUUGUUCUAUAUGUCCCUGUCACAGCACAGGCUCUGAAUGGAAAAUAUGACAUAAAGUAUUGAAGAACGUAGGAGAGAACGGUCUGCUAUUAUGAUAAUUAUACUUUUCUAGCCAUAACUUAAAUUCUUCUGCAUCAGAAUAUAAUCAUGUCUAUUAAAUGCAAAGUAAGUGAUUGCAGCAAAAAUCUGUUAAACCAAUCCAUUUAUCAAAAUUUGAAACUAUAUAUAUAAAAAUAUAUAAAUAAAUGUAUAUAUGAGACAGACUCAGCAGAACAGAAAAUUGCCAACUUUCUCUAUUAGAAUGUUCAUAUUUUUUUGUCUUACAGGGUUUUCACUAAAAUGGGAAUAGCUGGUAAUUCAGUGAAUUUCAAAUUUAAAGUCAAAAUAGCAGAACUGAACACAGAUACAUUUUUUCCAAGUUUACUAUUUUGACCUAAAUUGUGAAAUUCACUUUGAAUUUACUUAGAUUAAUGGCAAUCAUCACUUUAGUGAAUAACACUGUUAGUAGAAAUAUGAUCCACUGUCACCAUAACACUUUAAAUAGAAAUGCAAUUGUAUAUGUCCAGUAAAUUGUAUUGAUGCACAAAGUGAUAUUUAUUGCACUUCAGACAAAUAAAGCUUUUAGGUUUUGAAAUAAAAAAUGCCUCCACCAUGAUGUAAUUAUGUAUGACAUCUGUAAACUGAGAGUCCUAAAGUAAGCUAAUCAUGCCAUUUAGGACUGUCAGUUUACAGUCACUAUUGUCAACAAAACAACAUUAGCUUAAUGAAGCAGUUUUGAUGUGUAGAUCAUAGCACUGCAGUCUCACUGCUCAAUUCUCUGCCAUUUAGAAGUUAAAUCACUUUGUUUAUGCAUCUUUGGGCACACCUUCCUGAAUGUGACUUACACAGCCUUCCUAAACACUUCCUGUAAAGAGUCAUCUAAUGUUUACACUUCCUUUAUUGCAAAUACUGUUUAAUUUAAAAUUGCUUAUCUUCUGCUCUGUUAAUAGCUUGCUAGUCCCUGCAGAAGCCUCCUGUAUGUAUUUAACGUUCAAUGUACAGAACAGGAGAUAAAAACUUUUAAAGUAAGUCACAUCUAAUUGAAAUUGACACUAUUUUGUUUUCAUGCAGACAGUGUCAGUCACAUACACUAGAGCUGGCUAGGGCUGCAUAAACAAAAGUGAUUAUACUCAUAAAUGGCAGUAAAUAGAGCAGUGAAACUUCUGAGGCAUGACUUAUACACACAAACUGCUUUAUUGAGCUAAACUUGUUUUGGUGACUAUAGUGUUUUGUUACCCUGUUAAUGUAUGUAUCCUGUCCUUUUGUGUUUAACACCCCACCUCCUAUAGACUGUAAGCUCAUUUGAGCAGGGUCCUCUUCAACCUAUCCUUCCUGAAGUUUUCUUGUAAUUCUCCUAUUUCUAGUUAAAUCCCCACUCUUAUAAUAUUGUGAAGCGCUACGGAAUCUGUUGGCGCUAUAUAAAUGGCAAUAAUAAUAAUAAUAUUGCCCUGAAAAUCUGGAAUGCCUCUACUUGUGAAGUCGUUCAUUCAAAAGUGCAUGUUAUAGAUAUUAUGCUGGUCCUGAAACUUUUGCAAUAAAUAGUCUAGCAAUAAAUAAUUCAUAUUCCAUAUAAUUGGAUAUUUUCUUGUAUUUGCUCCAUCAUAUGGGACUGGAGAUAUUCUCGUUAUAUAUUUCCACCUUGAGAUGAAUUGAACAUUAUCAGAUUGUUAGAGAGGAUAAUUCAUCUUUUUCUCCCAUUUUUCUGGACUACUAUUAUUCAUAGCAAAACUUGCAAUAAUAAAUUGUCUAGAAAAUAAUCUGCAUAUAUUUUGUGUCCAUGUUUUGUGCAACAGAGCAUAACAAAAAAGAAAAUUAUUCUCUUUGGCGCAAAUUUUAUCCGUACAGGAAUUUUCAUAAAUGUAGUCCUAUAUUAUCUCUGCAAACAUUUCUAAUUGUAGAUAAGGAGGAAGUUUAAAUAGCUACAAGACUCGCUGUAAUUACUGUGUGCUAUGCUGUGUAUCAAUUUAAGUUUUGUAUACGGCAGUUAUGCAUAAAGCCAUGGAAUAUUACAAUCAAAGAAGUUCAUAACACUGUAUAAUUAAUAAGCAGCAACAUUAGUAAAGGCUGCAGGAGCAUGUUAAACAUCGCCUGGAUCUGCAGAUGUUCUACCGAUGUAUUAUUACUUCUGUAGCUGGUAUGGUAAUGUAAUAUGCCUCUCUGCUCUGGUCCUUAAAAAAAUGAAGACACUGGCUAAAUAUCAUUAAAGGGACAGGCCUUCUUUUCACGGGAAUUUCCUUACACUAAAAUGUGUCAUUUUCCAUUUGAUCUGUGUUUCAGAAGUUUUUUUUGUGCUCCCUUAAAAGCCUAAGAAACAGCUCAGGCCGCAAUUUAAAACAGAAAAUACAUUAACUGGCCAGUACUUGAAUACUAGCCAGACAUUUUGCACAACUUAAAACUGCCAGCAGAUCAUUUGGGAAAAUGACUUUUUUUAAUAUGUGAUUUAAUAGAGGGCAAAUUUCUUUUUUGGCAUUCUGAGAGUGGCUGGACUAUAUUUUAUAAUUCCCACUGUUGUUGUUCACCCUGACACCUUCAACAUUUCCAGAGAGCAGUUAUUUCUAGAAAUGAAUGUAACUGAAUACAGAUGUUAAGAACGCCACAUUUUAGGUGCAAAUAAUUCAGAACUUGGCCACCCAUACAGAAUAUUGAAAGCCAGUGAGUGCAAGGCGAAGAGAAUAACAUUAACAUACAAUCUUGUGAGUUUAUUGGAGACUAGUAAUUUUAUUACCAAUAAACCUUAGUCAUAGAGUGAAUUAUAAUGUUUUUCAAUGUCAUCAAGUAAAAAUAUUCCAAUAGUAUUUUCUUAGCUUAUUUUCCUUUAGCGGGAAACCAUGACUAUAUUGGAUCAUUUUAUUCAUAGAAAACCAGCAGAAGAAUGGAUAAAUCAGUGAUAAAUAUAAAUAUUUAUAUUAUCACAGGGUGCUGCUCUUUUGCAGGUCUGGAGAGUGGCAUAGCAAUACAGCAAGGGUGGCAUUGUAAAAAACAUGUUUUUAUUCUGAUGAUGUAGUGAGAUAGUGUAUUUAUUAAAACAUAAUCAAAGAACCUGACUCCAUGAAAAGGUUUUAUAGACAAUUUGUAUUUUAUUUGCAUUACGUUCGCUUCGCUGGAAUGCUUUUAAAACGUUGUCUCAUAACAAACUUUGUGUUGGCACAAUAAACAAAUUAUUGUGGGUAAUUGCCCAGGGCUUAAUUAAUAUGAUUUGUCUGUUCCAAACAGUACUGAAAAUAAAAUAUGGUCGUGGUUUCGAGUCCCAACCUAAUCCUGCGCACGCUUGCCUUCCACCCUUCUUAAUGAGCUCAUUGAGAAAGUGAAAGGCGAAGCCUGUGAGCUAAGACUGAGUGCGUGCCAUGUCUUUUAGCUCAGUGGAUGUAGAAUAAAACCUCCCUGGCUGUCUGAUAUGCACUUUUAUAUUUGGGAGGCAGGAACCCCUUCCUGACUGUCAAUUUCUAUUGAAAUUUGGCACAUUUUUAUAAACUGUCACACAUGUGAGAGACUCCAGACACAUAAAUCAUUUCAGCGAGCUAAAGUGCUUUAAGUGUGUGGAGUGUUCCUUUAAUAACAGUUUGAUGGCUACCCCUAAACAAGAUUAACAUUUAUGAACUAUGCAACUCAAUCUGUUCAAAGGAACUAGAUUCACAAUAAAAUAAAUAAAAGUGAAAUAAAUUAGCAAGUAAGAUUAGGUAAUUAAAUGCUGUGUGUGUUCCACAACUGAUUUACCUAUAUUGUUUAUUAUUCCUUUCAUGAAUUAGAAGUAUCUAGAAAAAUGUUUACUGAUGCUAUUUAAAAAUACUGUCUCUGUGGUUGUUAGAAUUGUAACAUUAACCAGGAAAAUAAUUUAACUUGUCAGGAUUUAGUGUCUGCGAUCUGUAAUGUUCUUCAUUGUUUUCUUAUAGGGAGGAAGGGACAGCAGAUCUUCUUCACCCAUGGCUAGACGCUGAAGUUAUCAAGAUGUCCUCCAGAUUUGAUGUAACCGUCUCGAUAACCUGAAGUGCCAUUAAAAAUAAUACUACUAGUUUAUACAUAAUAAUCACCUUGAUAGAGACACAAUCUGUCAUUUAAUGUGUGUGAGUUGUGCGAGCAGUUAGGGUCUACCACGUCCUGUUGGCAGUACCAUUUAUAAGGUUGACAAUGGUGAAGGGAAGCAUGGUUGGCUAGCCUGCUGUCUAUAUUAUUAGCAAAAAUAAUUUAGUGGUAUGAGAAGUUAAUUACCUGUUUAUACAGAUUAAACCACUGUGACCUACAUGGCUUUGAUAUGGAUUACAACAGUCAGAUGGCAAACACAACAGCCCGUCUGGGAAGACGAGAUAAUAAGCUCAUUAAGACAUUUUGGAAGCCUCUGAUUUUGUUGUUGUAAUCUAAAAAUGGUAGAAGGUCACAUUAAAAAAAAAAUUUACAAUUUGGAUUUUUUUUUCCCUUUAGGUUUGAGUUUUCCAGACUGCUUUUUUCAUUUUGGUUUUGAUAACAUCCAUUCUCUCUCACAUGCAUGUUUUUCUUUCAUAUUAGUUAGAGACAGCAGCUGAAGUGAGUGUUAAGGUAAACAGGUUCUUCGGUAUGUGAAUAGUGUGCGGUGUGGUUAAAAGGUCUGGUGCAGAACCACGGAAAAGAGAGCGAGAAGGCAAAUAUCUAGGCUCAGUGCACUGUUCUAACCAGAUUAUGGGAGGAGAGAAAUGGUGAGAGAGAUGACUACUGAAAAGGUCUGCAGCCUGCACAUAUCCACAGGGGCAUACUUGGGUACUCUGCACAGAGAUAUAUCUAACUGCAUACUUUUACGUAGAAGAUAUAGUAAACAUGUCACAACACAUUAUCCACGCUUUAUUCACAUAAACGGAACAUGCACACUCAAAAUGAGCAGGUGAUCCAUAGUGUUCUGAAGAAUAUAAAAUUGUUGUAGUAUUGUUGCCGCAUAGUAAUAUACUAAGAUGUACUUAAUAAGAGUUAGAUAAUUAACUUUUCAUCUUUACUUACAUUCAAUUAACAUCAAAGGCACUGAAAAAUCAGGUGCACCAAGUGGCUCUUCUGAAUUGCACUGGUUUUAUUAUUUUUCUUUUAAUUAAGUAAAAAUGUACAUUAUAAUGAUCGUUAUUUAAUGAGUAUGAUUUUCCUUUUAUUUUUACAGUGAAUUUAAACACAUUUUAUAGGGCUGGGGUGUUUACCCAUGUUGCCAAUUAAAGAAUAUGCUGUUAAUAAAUACCUUUGCUCUUGCUAGAUCUGAUAUAUAACAUUUGUCUUUAGAUUAAAAUAAAUGGCUACUUAUAUAUUCUGCAAGAAAUCAUAGAAGCUUGAAGACACACUAAUUUCUGCAUACAGCUUAUUAAACGGUACAUGUUAGGAUCAACAUUGACAUCAUCAUGAGCGUGACCCAGAGAUUUUCUAUACCUAAGUUUACCCAACAGAAAUAGAAAACACUAUUUAUUUUAUGGUGUUAUUAAAUGUAUUGAAAUAAAAUAAUAUUAUAAUUAAAUUGAUUACUUUGA